AUGGAUGGCUUGGAGGUGGGGGAGGGAGAUGGCUGUCACUCAGCAGGGACUCCUCUGGCCAAUCAAAAGGCAGCCAUUGCAGGGCCCCAGGAGCCCAGCAGGUUGGAGCUUCAGGCAGAAUCCGGGGAGGUCAAGAGCCCUUGCACAUGAAACAGAGACGGAUUUAGGGUAACACAACUGCAGUGGUCGCACCGAGUGCCGUGCUGCAGGGGUGCCAAAACAAUGCUACAGAGCACAGUGCACAGGGCGCUUUGUCACACAGGGCACCACUGAAAUUCGAGAGCCCCAAGUCCACCACUGCACAAAAAGAAGCGGAAAAGCCAAGCGGAUGUGGCAAGGGCUCUUUAUGCUCAGCCACUGAGCAAGAGGUGGGGCAAGAUCUGGGGUAACUGACUCAUCACUGCACCAUUGCACCACAUGACUGUGCCCCCUUCCAUAACCUGAAAAGAGCCCGUGAAAUAUACUCGGAGUUGAGUGUGGAUUUCAUGCUCUUUAUUCAGCUCAUAAUGGUGAGGAGGAAUGGAAGUUCCUCCGAAAUGUCUGCUUUAUAUACAUUAUUUACACAAUGGGCCCCACUUGAUUGGCUAAUUCUGGGAUUCUCCUGUAGGCCAAUCAGGUUGCGGAUUCACUUCCACCUGGAGUUGGAUUGGGUGGCUCCUGUGGACCAAUCAGACUGCUGCAUUCUGGAUCCUAUUGUUCUAGGACCAAUCAGACUGCUUCAUUCUGAAUCCUAUUGUUCUAGGACCAAUCAGACUGCUGCAUUUUGGAUCCUAUUCAACUCAGUACAUAACAGCCCACAAGAACUCUGUGCCAUUCCUAGCCCUCUGGUCAUCCUGGGGGGCUUAGCCUCCUCCUCCCAGGCCAUUCUUCUGGCCCACCUCCCCAGAAAUCACAGCAUUUCCAUCUUGUGUGACUUCUGACUUCUUCUGCCUCUGUAAAUGAAAGCUGGUGUGUUCCAUCUUAAAGUCCCCCAACUUUAAGACACACACUUCUUUGAUAUGCCCCACCCAUCUACUAGGCAUUGACUGAACAACUUCCCUUUAAGUUAACACCCACCCAGCUGCAUCUUCUGGCUCCACAGGUCUUAAGAGCAUCUUCCUGGCUAAGAGCAAACUCUGCCCAUUGGCUGUGGCAAGCAGGCAGCUCGUCACUCAUGGCCACCUGAGCUCAAACAUCAUGCAUAUGGCUUAUGGACAGUGCUCCUUUCUUCCUGCCUUUGACCAGCUAAGGAUGCUGUUUGCUUCAUCCCACUCUAGAGUAUAUGAGCAUUUUGGGACUCUCCGCUAUAGUCUGCAGCUAGAUAGCUGUUUAUAUCCUUUUUGUCUCUUAGAUCCUAUUCUUAAUUCUAAAAAAAAUAUGUUUCUUUCAUCUGGUAUUGAAGUGAGUUUCUGAUGGGCUCCUUCACCAACUAAGGUGGGGCAAGUCCAUGAAAAGUGAGCUGUGUUGUGGCCUGCAGAGCAGGAAGGGAGUUGUCCUCAUCCAGUGUUAUGUACUGAAGUUCUCACCCUGGGCCAGCAGGGGGAUACUGUAGAUAGUUAUGCAAAUGAAGGAUCGAAAGUGACGUUCAGUGAUUGGAUAGUUUGUAUGCAAAUGAAGGAUCGAAAGUGACGUUCAGUGAUUGGAUAGUUUUAGAAAGUUGCAACAGUUACGUUGUUCUGGAGCUCUAUAUAAGCAGGCUGACUGAGCCCUUCAGUUCAGUUCUGUUCUGGCAUCUGAAUAAAGAAGAGCUGUUUGAAGAAUCGCUGUGUCGUCUGAUAUGUUCACCCACAACUUACCAUCCAGGAAGGUAGUUCUAUCUUCCAAGUCAAGUGUGAGAGGACUAAGGGAGGCAGCGGCAGCAGAAGCAUUGUCUUGUUUUUGUUGUGCAAUUGGUAAGCACCUUGGCAAGAAGAUGGACUCUAAAUAUAUUCAUCAAAUAAGAGAGAUCUCUGGAAUAACCAGCUUUUCUUCCUCAGGUGCCAAACCACCCAAAACAAUGGGGCCAGGUGGAGGGGAGAGAGUUCCACAGGGGUGGUGCAAUGACUGAGAAAGCUAAAUAAUAAUAAUCUCUCUCUAUUCAACUGACUGCUGAAUGCCCUUUCCUUUUGUUUUUAGGUUAGCUCACCAUGAAGACCUCAGUUCAGCUUGUGACAUUGUGGGGGAACCGAGCCCCAGCUCACAGCAUCACAGCCAUCUUGAUCACGGAAGACCAGAGAACCAUUGUUACGGGGAGUCAAGAAGGACAAAUCUGCCUCUGGGACCUGUCAUCAUCAGACCUGAAGGUUUGUGGUAUUGCAGGGGAGUCAGUCAUCUUGCUGCCCCAUCCUAUCAUGUCUUCCUUUCCUCUUUCCUUCCCAUGAGGCCUCUUAUAGCUACCGUGCCCAAGACAUGCCACAUCCGUGGUCAGAAAUCCCUGUGGAAGAAACCCUUCUCAAAUAAUAUUUCCCAUGGUAUAUAAAACUAUUAGCAGUACUAUUUUUGAACAGCCGCUUUAGAACACGGGCUUGUUGUGAGAUACCAGAGGUUGUAUGAAUCUCCUUCCCCAGAAGGGCUCAUAGUAACCCCAGAAGCACCAGUCCCCUUCUCCUCCUCUCAGCAGCAGGACAUCUGCUUUGUGUGGCCGAGGAAAAGCCACUUCUGCCCUUUGGAGGAGGUGGAGUUGUGGGCUUCACGGCCCCACCACGCGCGCGGUACCUAGAACUCAGCCCCCAUGCGAUUGGGGGGAUUCCCGGCCACAUCACCUCCUAGCCAGCCAAUCGGCUGGCUCUGGGGGUGUGGCCUGCCCGAUUUAAACCAGGACGCGGCUGUGGAUCUCCCUCUUUGCCGCCUGCCACCUGUUCCUGCUUUUCCCACCCUCCCUCCUUAUAAGGUUUUCAUUCCUUGACCUUGCUAUGGACCUUGGUUGGUUGCUGUUGAGGGGCCUGGUAGGAAUUUUUCCACUUAGCAAAUUGGCACCAGCCACUUGGUUUUCACCUACCUUGUAGCAAAUCGUCACAACUUUCUUGGUAUUGGCGGUUAGGCAUUGGUAUUGCUCUGUAGAUGGAAGAGGGGAGGUAGCGCCAUCACCUGCCCUGCAUAUUGAAGGGUAGUCCGAUAAAGGAUUCCGGGGGGCAUGGCCCUGUCAGAAGCCUGGGGAGGUGAGGGCCUAAGGCACGCCCCCUAUCGGUGACCCCGGGGGAGUUCCUAGUUGAUGUGCAUCAGCAGGACUCCCCCUACUGGUGGUUAACCCUUCCUGGACUUCAAGUGGACGGGCUGUAGUUGGAUAUAGUCGGUUAGGACCAAAGCCUAAGCCAAUACCGCUCAUCACCUGUAACCAAUAAAGUUGUGGCCUUAUUUAGCCCAUUAACCUUAACAAUUGUGUCAUGUGUCAUUAUUUCCUUUGGGGGGGAGGGGCGGCGGGAACUCACCAUGCAAGAAUUUUUACUCGUGUGUCCUUAGAAAACAGCCACUCUGACAUUGCUGCAUGGUUUUGCUGUUCUAGAUUUCAUCAAAGCAAAUGCUCUUUGGUCACACGGCAUCAGUGACCUGCUUGGCCAAGGCGAGGGACUUUGAGAAGCAUCCAUACGUGGUCAGUGCUACUGAGAACGGGUCAGUCGCUUUGCAUUUCCCAUGAUGUGCAACCAUCUCUUCAUUUCAACGGUGGGAAUAACCAGAGUGGCAAGGAAGGAUGCAAUCUCUUCUUGAACAGUAGGCUGGUGAUUCGUGGCUUUGGGGAAGAGCGGUCCUUGCUAGACAGGAUCCAUCAGGAACAUUUCCUGGAGGAGCCCCAUGGAAGAUGGUUCUGCUACACCUUCCCCUGGGGACAGUCUUGGGGGGAGAGUCCUUAGAGCAUGAAGGCCUGGUAGAUGUAGCAAAACAAAACGAGCUCUCCAAUAUGCCACAGCCUGUAAACAUAAGUGCAUAUAUAAAAAGCAUGUUUUUGAGCUCUUUGGUCUCUGAAUAUGUGCACCUGAGAAUGAUGAAUGCCUGUGUGAGAUAAAAUAUUUUAAAACCACCCUUCACCCAAGGAUUCCUAGGCAGUAGACAAUAAGCAUGAAUAAAAGUAUUCUUACACAACAUAAAUACAAUAAAAUCAGUGGCCUUCAUAGCAAACAGAAAGGCAAAAACCCUAAAAACUACUGAGCAGGACUAAGGCAACAUAAUAAUUUAAAAUCCCUCAGCAUAUAAGAAUGUCUUCUUAACCUAACAUCCAAAAGAUGUAGAGACAGCCCCAGUCUUACCCCUUUGGGGAGGGCAUUCUGAAGCCACCACAGAAAAGACCUUGUCCUCCUGUCUUCAUGCAUCAGGAAUGUUUGUUAGAGCGUGGUAUUGGCUGAAGAUUGUGAGACAUUUUAAGUCAAGCUGCUGGCACACCCAGAGGUGCUCCUUCGGGCAUUUGGGUUAAUGCCAGCUUCUUGACCUGAGCUCAGAAGCCAGCCAGCCAAUGUUGUUUGCUUUCAAAAUAUGAAAAUACCUGGCUGAAGCAGUUUAAGUACUGCAAUGUGCUUCCGUGAAGUAGCUUGUGUGGUUAUAAUUGUAUGUGUCCCAGUAAAUGUGAUGAAAGUUGAUGUUUACCAAUAAUGGGAUGCGACAGGAAAGAAAUGUUUGGGCUUUGGACAUUUUGAUAAACCACUGGAUUUCAUCACAAUAGCCAUCAUGUCUUCCUAACCUCACUUUUCAGAAUGAAUUUCAUAGUGGCAUUAAUAAUAAUAAUAAUAAUAAUAAUAAUUUAUUUAUUUAUUUAUUUAUUUAUACCCCGCCCAUCUGGCUGAGUUUCCCCAGCCACUCUGGGUGGCUCCCGAUUAUUAAAAACAAUACAGCAUUAAAUUAUUAAUUGAAGGAUGAUAAAGGGUGGAGAUAUUUAAACAUGAUCUUGGGGCCCUUCACAGAGGCUGGUGCAUCUGUGGACAUUUCUAACAGAAGGUCAUUCUGGUGGUCAGUCUGCAAGGUCCAAGAUGUAUCUUUCUGGAUGUUUGUGAUGGUGCUGACAAUCCACAUAACAUCACAAUGGGCUGAGAAAGAAACAGAGAGGCUGCCAGGGGUUUGCAUGUAUGGAUGCAGUAGGGUUUUCUUGCUCUUCAAAAUAAUAGUGCCAAAUUAAAUAGAUUUAGGCUGCAUUCCAAUACUGCACUUAUUUCCAAGUAAACAUGCAUAGGAUUGGGCUGUGAAAACAUUUUGAUAGACCUAACAGAAGGCCUGUUUACUAAAUUUGAAAUAAUUUGCACAAUACAAUAAAAUAAUAAAGCUUCAGCAAUAUGCGCUCACGACCCUUGAAUUCACACUGAUGGUUCUGCAAUGAGGUGCACAUCUCACAGCUGUCCUCAGGGUGUCACUGUUUGUUCUUUGCCCAGAUUGACACGUUUUUCUGAGCAGCCCUGAUCCUGGGCAGAGAGAAAGGGGAGGGAGGAUGCUUUGCAAAGCAGGCAGUUCAAGUUUAGUGAAAUGAAAAUCACUUUCUGCUCUUCCAGUAAAUGAUGGCUGCAGUGACAAGUUGACGAGCUGUAAUGGGAGCCAUAAUGGCCGCUUUUGUCACAGGCCUGUCGUGCCCUUGCAGGUAGCUAUGGCAGCAGCCAGCUGCAAUUUCCAAAGCAAAGUGAGGCUGUGCUGCUCUUGCUCCUGCUGUCUGGCCUCCUCCCUCCACCCCAAUAAACAGCAGCAGUUUCCCUCAGGUUUCCCUCUGCAAGUCAGCCACACAAAUGGUUGGUCCUUUGUGCCGAGGAAAAUCACCCAAGCCACAAGAAAUUAUUAUUCUGACUAGGUAAAGGUACCCCUGACCGUUAAGUCCAGUUGCGGACAACUCUGGGGUUGCGGAGCUCAUCUCGCUUUACUGACCCAGGGAGCCAGCUUCCGGGUCAUGUGGCCAGCAUGACUAAGCUGCUUCUGGUGAACCAGAGCAGCACAUGGAAACGCUGUUUACCUUCCCGCCAGAGCGGUACCUAUUUAUCUACUUACACUUUGACGUGGUUUCGAACUGCUAGGUUGGCAGGAGCAGGGACCAAGCAACGGGAGCUCACCCCGUCACUGGGAUUCAAACCACCGACCUUCUGAUCAGCAAGUCCUAGGCUCUGUGGUUUAACCCACUGCGCCACCCGUGUCCCAUUAUUUUGACUACUUGGCUACAAAUCAUAUCGGAUGGAGAGUAACAACAAGCUAUUUUUUUUGACAGGGAAAUGUGCGUCUGGAAUGUUAUCUGUGGGCGGUGUGUGGAAAGCACAAGGCUUCCCUUUCGGCACACAGCGAUUUGUGUAAGUACAGCCAACUUCACGGUGAAGAACUUCUGUCCAUCUGCCCAUUGGGACUCUCUGUACCCAGCCUGGAUGAUGCUUCUUCCAUAUGUUUUUUAAAAUAAAAAAAUCAGAUCCACUGAAAUGCUGUCCUUCCUGGAGCAGAUUGGGUCACUAGAAUCUCAGCAAAACAACCACCAUUGGUACUAGCACCCAGAGCUGUCUGAAUACAGGCUACCUCUUUAUUUGCUGUGCAAUGUCUCAUUGGUGCAGCUGUUCCUGUGGGCCCUUUCAGCCUGCUGGUCUUUGUCCUCAGUGCCAGGAGUUAGCUGUUCCCAGCACUGCAGGGGCAAAUCAUUGGGCUGGGUAGAGGUGGAAGCUCCACUGGUGGCCCCCUCCCCCCCAACAGGCCAAUGAAGGCCAGAGAGGAGGGAGGGAAACAGGUCAAGCUGGGCACCUGCUAGAGAGGUGGCUGAUGUGGAUGCCACUGCUGAGGAAACAUAUCAAAGUGCCACACCUGCUGCCCCUGGAUAUCCUCUCCUUCUCACCCAUGGGGCAGAGCAGAUGCACACCUACUGGCAAACUCAGCUGAGGACCUCAGGAUAUGGCAAGGAUGAGCACCUGGACAACAGGAACCCGGCAGUCUCUUUCCAAAGAGAUCAAAGCAAGCCACAAGGGAGGUUCCAAAACCUCUUGGGUCCAUUCGGCAGGCAGGCGAGAAAUCUUACCUGCUGGCCCCAAUCCAGCUGCUUGCAGGAAAGCUGCAGGUGCCUUUUCUGUGCAGCAGAGCACAUUUUGGCAUUUUUUUCAUAGGCUUUGAAGUGUGUCCAGUGUGGCUUCUGCCCGUGGAUUUGGACGGGUUGCAACCAUUUCUUGACAAUUGUCAAGCGUACACAAUGCUCAUGCUGUUUGUAUGAGUUGUAUUCCAUUUGCCGCUUUGGGGUUAUUUGGGUCCUGAUUCUAUUAUAAGCUGUACAAGUGUAUUGUAUGGCAUUGGAGAGGGCUGGGGGUGGGAAGGGAGAUGCAUGGGCACCAAUGGGGUGUAAAUCCAUGGCAUGGGCUUCCCUAUGGAGGUCUAUUCAUUUGCCAGGGAGGUGCCAGGAGUCUCUCUUUUGUCCACCUUUGUCACAGCACAAGAGGUUUGGGCUUUGGAAUAGGAAUGGUCAUCCUAGGGUAGUGGUGUCAGUCUUCUUGGGGAGUUCUCAGUGCAAAGCAACACUUCGGAAGCCCUCGUUGGAGUCAGCCAAUUCCCCACCCAAGGGCAGCCAAAAGGCAUUUUAAUGUGGGCGACAACAUUUUGCUUUCUAGCAUGCACACCAGAGCCCCAUGACCGAAAGCAAUCCCUCAGCGGUCUUCUUGUGGCUAACCUGUUGUGGCUUUCCCCCUUUGCUCAGUAUUACCACAGCUCGUUCCGCAUGACGGGAGAGGGCUGGCUCCUCUGCUGUGGGCAAUAUAACGAUAUCCUCAUCAUCGAUGCCAAAGCGCUGUCUGUGCUUCACACCUUGACGUCCUCCCAGUCUUCGGAUUGGAUCAGCUGCAUGUGCUUAGUGCAUUCCCCUCGCAUCCAAGGUAGGUCAAAGCUGUGGGAAUGUACAGGGAUGCAGGAGAGGAUAUAUUGUCUGAUUAUAUCCUUUUCCAGCUUGUGUUAACACGUUCACAAUUUAGCAGAGUAACAUUCCCCUUUUUAAACUUGCAGUGGAUGUGUUUGCUCAGGCUUGCUAAAGCCUCUAUAAUAACUGUUCUGGUAUUUCCCCCUUAUUCCCUCAUAAAAGAUAAGACACGACACAGUCUUCUACAAAAGUAUAAAAAGAGCUUACUCACAUAUCAUUCUGUUCACAAUCGGAUCCCAGAAGGCAGACUUAGCUUAGAAAAGUAACAUACACUUGGAAACUAUUCCAUAAGAGACAGUCCCUUUGUCCUCUCUUGGCUGGAGCCAAGAGAGAAUCUUUGGCUAAGCAGAUGUUGCUUCUUCAAUACAUGUAGUGAAAGAGAGAGAGACAGCUGCCCUGCCGUGUGCUUUUGUUGUUACCUGCACAGGUGAGGCCACACCCACCUCUAGUCACAUGCAGAGGAAGUCUGUCCCAGCACAGAAGGAAACAGGAAGUUUACCUGCUGGCUGGACAAACAUUUCUCCCCAUGUGUAAACAUGUUCACUCUAGGAAUGUUGUACUUGGCUGCUCCUGUGUUUCACAUCCCACAAAAGCUGGAUGUUUCUGUGGGACUGAGGCCAAAGGCUCUUCACCAGGCAGGGCCAGGACCAAAAGGACAGGCUGUGGCAUCCCUGCUGCAGACACUGUGGCUGCAAAGCAGAAUCUCAGCUGAGUGGUCGUGCAACUGCUGGCCAACCAGUCUGUUCCUUUGGCCCUCCCUGCUGGUUUCCACCUGAGCCCUGCUUUCUCCAGGCCUUCAGCUUCCUCCUUGACACCUUUUGCUACUCUCUGCUGCCCCCUCUGCACCUUUCUCCCUAGUCUCUGCCCUUCUUUCCCCACUUAUUCCUAUUCCUUUCUGUAGGGAUGGAUUUCGGCACUAGGAGAGGAUAUAUGGCUUAGUUCUUACCCUACCUUGCUCAUGUGAGUGAGAUCAGCAGAGUACCGUACUUGAAAGCUAAGCUUUUGAGGGGCCUGAAGGCACCUUGGCCCCUAGGAGUUGGCUUGCAUGCUUGGGAGACGGCUGUUGUCAGGGGAAUCAUUAUGAACUGGCAGCUGCAAGAACCAAUAUUUUGUGCAUCCAUAAGGAAAGAGCUGGGGGGAGCUGGGGAUGCUGGGGGGAACAGCUUCCAGUCAGGAGGAAAGGUGGCUCGUUGGCAUUAGCUAGAGAUAUAACAUCUAUAUGGAUCAAUGGGAGAAAUUGUGGAGGGAGGAUAUCAAAUUUACGGUGUGCUAUAAUCUGAGAGAAAAUAUUAUGAAAAUGCUAUACAGAUGGCACCACACUCCAGCAAAACUUGCAAAGAUGUGUAAAACAGACCACCAAUUUGCCGGAGGUGUAAAGAUGGUAUAGGGUCAUAUAUGCACAUGUGGUGGGAAUGCACAGCCAUUAAAGAAUUUUGGAAUAACAUCUACAAUGAAUUAAAAGAACUAUUUAAGUUUUCAUUUAAGAAAAAGCCUGAAACCUUCCUCCUGGGAAUAAUGUCACCAGAAAUCAAAAAAGAAAUUAGAUCACAUUUUAUGUACACAACAGUAGCAGCCAGGAUCUUAAUUGCAAGAAACUGGAAAAGUGACAAAACACCUACGAUAAAUGAGUGGCAGGUCCAAAUGAUAGAAUAUUUACAGAUCGCCAUGAUGACAGGGAGAAUUAGAGGUUAUCCAAAACAGAAAGUACAGAAAGAAUGGAAAAUCUUUAAAGAGUAUCUGGAAAAACAUUACAAUAACAAAUAUCUCCUGGCAGAAAUAUAAUGUUUUUUGAUAUCUGACGAAAACAAAGAAAGCAACACAAUAAUUUGGAACUGUGUGUGAAAAAAUAGUAGAAAUAAUAACACAAUGAGUCUAAUCAAAAGUCAAAUGUGUUUAUUUUCUUUUUUUCUUUUCCUCUCCCCCCCCCUUCUUUUCUCUUUUUUGUGCCUCCUUUCUUGGUCUUUCUCUCUUUGAUCUGUUAAGAAAGAGAUUAAGAGAUAAAAGUGUAAUAUGAAAACUUCAGUAAGUUAAAAGUGAUGUUGUGUAAUUUUUCUACUACUAUUUAUAUAUUGUUAAAAUUGGUUAAUUGUAAUGAAUUAAUGUAGCAAUUACUGUGGUUUUUUCCUUUGUUAUUGUUGAAUUCUUUUUUUUUUUUUUUAAAGAGAUCCUGUUCUAUGGCUUCAUCCUAACAAGCAUGUUUGCUCCUUCGUUUCACACAGCCAGCCCAUAUCCUCCUGCCUCUCCCCCUCAUCCAUGCCCCUUGCCCUUUUGUUCCGGCUCUAUCCCCUUGCUGUGUGGAUUGCUCUUCCCAUUGAAAAUAUGUCUCUGUUGCUUUUUCUCACAGAGGACUCCUUAAUAGCCGUCUCUGCAACAGGAACCCUUAAAGUCUGGGAUCUGUCCUCAUCAGUUAGCAGGAUACGGGUAAGGAGCUACAAUUUGGGCUGGCAGGCCCCAUAUGUCAAAAUUCUAAAUUCUAUCCCUUGUGAAAUGUUGUACUAGUUUUCUGCAGCUACUUGAUUUUUAGCUUUUAUUCAGAAUCAGAAUUUUUGAAUCAUCUGCAAUGAGCAGUGGCUGGAAGAGGAGGAGAAGGAUAAUGCAGAUUAUGGCUAGAAGAACGAGGAAGGGCCCUGGGACUCUUAAAUCCGGAGGCUUCUGCAGUCAGCACAGUGUCACAAUUCUGAUUGCUAGAUUUAUAUUUAUUUAAGUUAUUUUCAUCCAGACUUUUAGGGUCAAACCUAAGGAACUCUGAUUAAAACAUUAAUAUGAUUAAUAGCAAAACAAUCCACAAAAUAAUAGUCUGCCAACAAAAACAUCAGUGAAACACUCGAUGGAGUCAAGACUUUUUAAAGCAUCCAUUUGAAAAGUACAAGGGAGGCAGGGGAGGAGGAUAUAAAGUGCUGGAGGGAUGUGGAGUCACCACCGAAAAAGCCCUGCUAACCUGAUUGUAGCAGUGGACCACCAAGCUGGACCUCUAGGCUGGGCAGCGUCAUGUGGCUCUAGGUGGUCCUUCAAGCGGCCUGAUCCCAAGGCAUAUUAGGGAUCAGGUGUCAUACCAGCACUUUAAUUUGAGCCUGAAAAUAAAUGCAUUGUGUGUGCAAUUCUUGCAGUGUGUGGAUUGGGAGGGCCUUGAGUUCAAAAAGUUGUGGCAACUUUCUCUCAAGACACCUUGGGAUGCCGGGCUUUGAUAGUCAAGAAUCACAUGAAAGCCUUGACUGAUCCACUCAAGCCACAAAUAGUAACUUAGAUUGGCCUCUUUAAUGAGAGAAUUCCUCAUCGAGAGCCACACCUGAAAAGGCUCUGCAGCGCCCUGUAGCAACUGGCCCUGAGCACCUGGGGAGAGCCACAUGGGAGCAAGAGCAUCAUCUUCAUGGCUUCUUGCAAUUUCAGAGGAAGGGAUGGAGAUGUGAGGGAGAGUUUAAGCACUCAUCAUGGAGCUUCAAGAACUCCGGUCGUGGGGUGUGCAGAGAAUCUACAGGCCGUGGGAUCAGGUGCAUAACACCUGGGGAACCAAGCUGUGAAAAUAACUUCCCAGUCUACGGGAUUGCUUGAUACUUUGAUACUGUCUUUGAGCAAAGGGAAACACAGCAACCCCACAGCCUUGGAAAAUGGUUUCUGUCUAUUAAAUAAGUCCAUCUCUCACUUUGUCAGGCAGACAUUCUGUGCCGUUUCUGUAUUAAAAUAAGAUUGUUAUAAAAAAAUAAUUAAAAAAAACUCCUUCCUCUUCCUCAGCCUCAGACCCUCUGACUACUUUUUGCUAAAAGUCUGGUGCUAUGCUGUUUUUUUCUGUGUGUAAUUAUUGGUAUGUUUUAAACAGAUUUUAUAUAUGUAUAUAGUUCUAAUUCUAAUUGUGUAUGUGUAUAAGUUUUUUAUUAAAUCUCCAAAAAAAUUCCAAAACAUUUAUUGUCAUGUACAAUUUCUCCCCAACAUAAAUUUCUUCUUAAUUUCCCACCCCUCCUUUCCCAAUUUUUGUUUUGGGUUGUUGUUUUUAUUUUUGCUAUGUAUUUUGUGGUUUUAUAUCUUGAUUUUAUUCUGUGAACUGCCCUGAGACCCCUGGGUAUAGGGCGGUAUAUAGAUGCAAUGAAUAAUAAUAAUAAUAAUAAUAAUAAUAAUAAUAAUAAUAAUAAAUAAAUAAUACUUCUUAUCAGCUGUUUUACAAUACAUAUGUUUUUAUUAUCUAAACUUCACUAUCAUUAGAUCUUUCAGUAAUCCACUGCUUAUAUUUCAAAUCCUGCCCAUGACUUCAUGUAUGGGUGAUAGAUAGAUGUUUAAUUGUUUUUUAAUGAUUGCCUUCUCUCUGUUUUCUGCCAUUCUUGUUUCUAUCUGUAAGCUGCUUUGAGUCCCGUCAGGGGAAAUGGCGGGGUAUAAGUAAACAUAUAAUAUGUUGUUGUUGGCAUACGUUUGUCUCAAGGGACGAUGGAGGAGUGUGCCUUUGGGGGUAAAGUCAAACUGUUGGAGAGUUACAGUGUCUGCUGUGGCUGUAGAUAUCGAUAGCGGAGAGACAUGUUUUAUUGCAGAUGAAGGUGUCUGGUUUUGCUGUUACAGAUGCACCAUGGCAUUUCUCCUCUCUGCGCUCCUUCCAGCAGACAUAAUAAUAAUAAUAAUAAUAAUAAUAAUAAUAAUAAUUAAUGCCUUACAAAAUUAACUGCUAUAAUAAGAAAUCAGUGAAAUCAAAAAUUUAAAAAGGAGUGGAAAUGUUUUGAUGAAUAUAUGGCAAAAUAUUGCUCAAAAAAAAGAUAUGCUAAUAUGCCUAGAUUAAAAUGUGAAGUACUGGAUGGAAGAAAAAUUAGUAAUGAAAGAUAAUAAGAAUAUAUAGAUUAUUUGAGAAGAUUGUAGAAUGCAAAGAUUAUUGUAAAUUGUAUAUUGUGGAGGAAAUCGAGUGGGGGCGGAGGGAAGUGGGAGGAAGGAGAAAAGAAUAUGAUGGAUUGAGGAAAUAUAAAUGUAAAUGUAUGGGGGGAUGGGGAGGAAAUGGUGUUGGCUUUGGCUUUGGCACAUCUGUAUUGUAAUGUAAUAUGUGAAAACCAAUAAAUAAAUAUAAUAAUAAUAAUAAUAAUAAUAAAUAAAAUAAAAAUAAACUCUGAGGAAAAAUAAUAAUAAUAAUUAGUAAUAAUAAUAAUAAUAAAUGCCAUAGCAUUAGAAGAAUAAUAUUGCAGGGGUGGUGCUGGGAGCCUUAAAGGUGGGGGACACCCCCCCUCAGCCUGUUGCAAAGGCAACCUUUACAUCUUCCUGCAAGGAACCACCUUAGCUGGACAUCCCUCCUGCUGCCUUUGGGAGUUCUUUGGCUGCCCUGCUGAGAGACGGUGACAUUUGGCUCAUGCAAUUCUGGUUGCAGACUCUGGAAUGCCUUCAGUUGUUCCCUCGUUCUUUUCAUAGCAAGGGCAAGGUCUUUAUACCAAGAGCACCCUUUUAUUAGGAUGACGGUUGGCUUUUUCUUGUUCAACGCAGCCAUGCCUUGUUUUAUUUUGCUUUCAGGAGAGGCAGAAUAUUCAUGAAAGGGAAUCCAAAUCUCUGGACUGUGCUCCCUGCCGCACCGUCAGAUUUUGCACCUUUACAGAAAGGCUUCUUCUUGUUGUGUUUUCCAGCUGCUGGAAGGUACAUGCUACAGAAUUGUGCCAUGGAAUAUUCUCUUUCUCGCUCUCCUUUCUGUAAAACUUCAAGAGCUUGUGGAAUCCCAGAUGAUUAGUGAACUCUCCAUGGGUGAAAUUGCAAAAUAAAACCCCCAAUCCAUAUAUGUUGACAAACUCAUGCAAUCUACUGUUGUUAUGUUGCUUUAAUUUUAAAAAAGAUCAAAAUUUGCCCAAGUUGGAAAACGAAAUAAAACCAGAAUAAGGGCUUACAUCUUCAAUUGCCAUUUCUUUACCCAUCGCUGAAUUGAAGCAGACUUUCCGCUACGUGAACUGUAUCAAUAUUACAAAAUCAGGCCUGUGACUUUGCACAGCUUCUGUUAGAGCCAAUUAAUGAGUUGCACAAGAGGUUUUCACCUUGACUUGGCAAUUUGCUCUGUCCAGUGAGCUCAAAUGUUUGCAUGAUGCUCCCUGGCCUGAAAUAAAUACCACCACCCCCUUCUCCCACCUGCCCCUGCUAAGAGGAGGAAAGUAGAGGAGGCAGCCCAGCAGCUAACACAAGCAGGAGCUACAAAUUAUUAUUUAUUAGCUUACAUACCACUUGUGGAGCUGGGUAAAUAUGUUUUGCCAUUGCCGGAUUUCACUUCUUUACGGACAAUGAAUUAUCCAUGGAAUGAUUAGAACUCCUCCUCCUAAAAUAAUGAAUGAAUGAAUGAAUGAAUGAAUGGAGCAGCCAUUGAUAAAGAGCCUCCAUGUGGGGCUCUAGGUACCAGACAUUCCAUUUUACAUGGAAAUUGCAGUUAAAACCCUUCUUUCCCUUUGGGAGACUAUUGAGCCUUUGCUCAUCAGAAGCCGCUAUUAAUGUCAGUGUCUCGAUGGGGAAACCAGUAUUUCUUUCUUUGACUUUAGAUAUACGAUUACUGUGACUUCUCAUUGCUGUGGACUGAAUUCAGCCCGAGUGGACAGUCCUUUGCUGGAGGCGAAGUCCUCGCUGCUCACAGGCUCAUCAUCUGGAUGGAGGACGGCCGUGGCUUCAUCUACCAGCUGCUGAACAGGUGGGCUCAGAUGGGAAGCACACAAAGAAGUUUGAGGCACCAGCUGAACUUGGGGAGGCUCAUGAUGAAAAGCCUCCAGUCAUAGCGAUGGAAGCACAAGAAGCUAUGCUCAGCCGCCAGCCUUUGUUGGGCCAGGCAGGGGGUGAGAUUAGUCAUGUCAGGAACCAUGUCAGCUAGCCGUGUGUGUGUGUGUGCCUCAAAGAAGGAAGUGCCCCAUAAUUACUUUUAGCUGAACUUGGGAGUCUCAGACACCCCCUGCUUGUCAUCUUGAUGCAUUUCCAAAGUUUUGACCUUCACUCCUCCCACCUUUCUCUUUUACUUAUCCAGUGGUCUUUCGCGAAGCAUCCAGCCAUGCAAUGGACGACCGCUCAAAGAAACCCUCCACCCUCAGUUACUUUGUUCUACUGAUGUGGGAGAUGAGAAGGUAAUGCAGUUGGGCUCCAGAGCCACCUUGGAAGCAAGUAGCAGCAAUCUGUGGCAAACCAAAGGCAAUUCAGCUGGGGCACUGCCCACCAGCUUAGGGUAUCUUCUUCAUUAAGGACUUUGAGAUUGCUUUUCGAAUAUCUUGCCUCCGCGCAUGGAAGAAAAGAGCAACACUGAACAUAGCCCACCUCAGCUUGUAAAGUGGCUCUCUUCUUCCUUUGUGGAAAGAAGAGCUACCCAAAUGAUUUCUGCAUUAAAGACUGAAAGGUGACCAGAAGGCAUAGGUGCCAACUCCCUGGGGCCCUGGGUGUGCAAGCACCCACAAAAUUCCCCAUCAAGGGGCUGGGCACCCACAAAUUUCAGUGCCAGGGCCAUGCACACUGCUUGGCACCCAUGGCCCUGGGCAUUCAUGGUCAUAGGGCCAAGCUGGCACUCCUGCCUGAAGGUGAUUUCACAGGUGGCAGACUCAGACAUCUCCCCUCCCCAAAUAGGCAGCUGAUAUAAACGUAAAGAGACCCCUGACCACUAGGUCUAGUCUUGACCGACUCUGGGGUUGCGGCACUCAUCUUGCUUUACUGGCCAAGGGAGCCGGCGUACAGCUUCCGGGUCAUGUGGCCAGCAGGACUAAGCCGCUUCUGGCGAACCAGAGCAGCGCACAGAAACGCCGUUUACCUUCCCGCCGGAGCGGUACCUAUUUAUCUACUUGCACUUUGACGUGCUUUCGAACUGCUAGGUUGGCAGGAGCAGGGACCGAGCAAUGGGAGCUCACCCUGUCGCGGGGAUUCGAACCACUGACCUUCUGAUCGGCAAGUCCUUGGCUCUGUGGUUUAACCCACAGUGCCACCCGCGUCCCUGGGAGCUGAUAUAGAGCUUUAUUUUCCCCCUUGAGGUAACAUCUAAACAAAGAAAAACUCCUCAUCCUGAAUCCUUUUACCCUCCCAGUGAAUUCAGAGUGGGAGUGUGAUGCUCUUUGACCACCUGAGCUGUGUAGUUAUGGGGCAUUCUCUGGUAGGUGGGUUGCUUCAAGAACCCUUGGCCUCCAUCCCAUGCGAUGUUCUCAGAUUCCAUGACGACAUUGGUGAAGUCAAUGUGGGAUCAGAGAGUUGACGCUGGGCCUUGCUGCAAGUUCUAAUUCUCGGGCUUUCAACUCUGCUAGGCGGUCCAUUAUGGAUGAAAGACGCUGAUCUGUGACCGUAUUAAUAAAUUCAUUCAUUCAUUCAUUCAUUCAUUCAUUAUGGAUGAAAAGUUUCUCCAUACUGGAAGACCAUUUGCAAACAAGUACUGGUCUUCCUUCUAGGCUUGUGGGUGGGAAGAGUAAUCUUCCAAGAGAGGCUGUAGAUCCUUUCUGAUGCACUGGAGAGAACUUUAGCAAGGGGGCUCUAGCAUACCCUCCAACGUUUGACAGAGUAAAAUAGGGAAAUGCACAGGAUGGCUUCUGCAUUUCCAGGAAUGCCAUGGUUAAAUCGUGGCAAUUGGAAGCUAUACUUCCUCUUUUGAGUCUGUCCUGGCAACUUGCUGGUCUCACUGAGGGCUACUGUAAUUUUAAGAAUGCUGGAGGUAGAUUCUCCAGGUGAUUGUCCCAAACAUACUGCCCUCCACCUUAACUGCUCAUGAGCAACAAUGGGCCAUCCCAUACAGAUAUAGACCUACAACCCCCCCCCUUGCAACAAACCCCAGAGCCGACUCCAUCCCUGCCAAGAGCUUGUUCUUUUGCACAUUUUCUAGCAUGAUAUGUGCCAUCAUAUGUGCAAGCAGGGACCUCCUGCUAUUUCCAUUGGCCAUACCAUUUCCAUUAGUAUUUACAUUGGUCUAUUAUUCAGUGUGCAUUAUGCAAGAGAAUAAAUGGAGGCAAACGAGACAUUAAAAAUGGUGAUACUCGGAAACCAUUUAAAUCUCCCUGGACAUUCACUCAGAGACAUCGGAGCUGGCUGGGCUGAAGCAGAAAGUGUCAAGCGGAGGGUCGUGAGGUACAUUUCAGAUGCAGGUUUGAGCUCACGUAAGACUGGCAAUGGCUGCCUCACAGUCACUAUAUCUGGGAGUGGUCCUGCAGCAGGUAUUUAGCAAAUGGUGUUCAUCUUGCUUUGGCAGCUUAUUAUCCACUGGGAACAGCCAGUCCUCUUGUACGAACCCCAGUUCACAGUGGUAGACCGCCGACUUUGCUUGUGAGAAGUCCCAGAUUCAAUUCUUGGCAGCCCCAGGGAGUGUUGGAGAAGACUACUGUCCAGAACCCUGGAGGGCAGUGAUACAUGAUGAUGAUGAUGAUGUUAGGUGGGCCAGUCACUGAGUUAGCUGGGCAGCUUUCCUGUGCCCCUGUGACUGGAACUUCCACCUUUUCCACUAGACCUUAUUGGCCUUUUACCAGGCAUUGCAAUGGGGCAUGCCUCCCUCUUGAGUUGCAAGGUCUCUCAGCUUCACUUUGUAAGGACACACCCCAUGCCAUCUUCUGUGUGUGCAUAUCAAAGCCCUGUUCAUUUGAUAGGAAUAAGGCCCAAACAGAAUGGCAAGACAAACUGUUACAGUAUAUUGAACUGGCUAGAUUAACAGAGGCAAUUAGAGAUCACACUAGACAAGAGUUUCAAAAAGCAUGGGGAAAAUGCAGAGAAUACUUCCCAAAACAGUGCCCUAAAAUGCAUACCUGGACUUGUUUCAAUUAAUGUCUGCAGGAGACUUUGUGGAUAUUUAAGUUAUAAUUAGAAAAAUCUUAAUAAUUAUUCAUAAAGGAAACAGCUUAUAAGAAGUAAAUAAGGAGGCCAGAUACAGAACAAAGGAAAUCUUUUAUUUGGUUGUUUGUACUGUUGUAUGUUAUGCUUAUUGUAUUUCUGUAUUGGGGGUGGGGGUUUAUGUCAUGUUGUAAAUAAAAUUUUCAAUAAAAUUUUAUUUUAUUUUAAAAGGAAUAAGGCCCUUACUGAUGUGAUCCUUUAGCCAUGCUCCCGGGACAUCUUCACAGAUGCUGUGGGCAUGACCAGUGGAGCAUGCUCAGAGAAGGGAGAGGACUAGUGGGCAAAAUCCUGCUCCACAUCUUAAUAGGGCCAUGGAUAGAUAUAAUCUGGAUAAUUCUUCAUGCAUCUGAUAAAGUGGCCCACAAAAGCUAAAGCAACAUUAAAGCUGUUAGUCUUUACGGUGCCAUACAACUCUUUGUUGCUUUUGCUGCAACUGACUAAUCCAGUUUAAACGUGUGGUUUGUUUGUUUGUUUUUAAUGAACAGAGUUUUUCUUACAUUAUGGGCUUCAUCAAUGAAAGAAAGGAACCUUUUUAUAAGAUCCUUUACUGUGGAGCAGCAUCAGGCAGAAUCACUCUGUGGCAUAUUCCAGAUGUGCCAGUUUCAACUCUGGACGGUUCUCCAAAAGGUAGGCUCAACUUUUGAAUCAUUCAGGAGGGCGGGGGGGGGUUAAAAGGAUUGUGAAAUGGGAAAGGUCAGGGUCCCCAGAAGGGGGAGGAGGAGGAGGAGGAGAAGGAGAAGGAGAAGGAGAAGGAAUGCCACCUUGCCCUGAUUUGAUUGAAGGCAGGAUUAUGACUCAAACAAAGGAAAACCUUUGCGAAUUUUCAGACUCUGAGAUCCCACUGCACUCAAACAACAAAUGGCCUCUUGUCAACCGAUAUAAUAUUUUAUGCUUCAUUUGCCUGCUUUACUAAGGAGUUACUCAAACUGGACACAGAAGACUGUUACAUAAUACAGAGGGUGGCUAUUACUGAAAAUGAGUUGUUCACAUAUCACCAACAUGUCAUUGAAAAUAGUGUUGCUGUUUUUUAAGACCUUGCUUGAUUUUUCCUAGAAAGGGAAAUUUAAAUACAGGAAAAAUACAGAUUGGCAUACUGAUCCCAGCAAUGUCCUAUGGGUUCUAUGAAAAUUAUAGAGCUGGAAGGGACACCCCCCCCGGUCAUCUAGUCCAACUUUCUGCAAUGCAGGAAUCCUGCCCACAUGUGCUCCCACCCCACCCACAAUCUGGAAGCAGCACUUAGAAAGAAAAACCUGCUGGGUUUUCCCGGAGGCAAAGAGGCAUAAUGCUUGCUUUGAAAACAGGAUCAGAAAGACCCCCAUCCUAAUUUCUAUUGCCGUGGCCUACAGGUGGCAAGACAAAUAUCAGCAAAGUCUUUGAAUUUUGCCUCCGUCUUCUCAAGCAGUUGGGCUCUGUGGACGACCCCCUGUUUCUUUUUCUCCCUAGAGAUCCCUAUAGCAACAUCCUGGACUCUUCAGAACAGCUUUGACAGCUGCAGUCCUGUGGCCGAAGGCAUCAUCGACCACCUCUGUGGAGCUGAGAAUGGGAUGGGGAGUGACGCCAUCACUUCCUCCAUUUAUAUCCCCAGCCUUGAUAAACUGGUGUGCGGGUUUGCGGAUGGCAGGAUCUUCAUCAUGCUGGCUCUGCAGGCUGCCAAGGCAAGGCUGAUGGGAAAGGGCUCCUUGCUGAAAGGUGAGUGGGAAUCCUGCAGACACUCAGGUUGCCUGAGUUUCUGGCUGGCAUGGGUUGCUCAUUUUAUUAACUAAAACGCUACACUGCUUACUAUAUAUCUGUCUAAGUGCUUUGCAUAGGUUUGUGUCCAAUGAAGCUCUACUCAGAGUAGACCCAUUGAAAUUAAUGGGCCUGUCAGUUACGUACAUCUGUUAUUAUUAUUAUUUAUUAAAUUUACAUACUGCCCGUCGUCAAGAGACCACAGUACGGUUUACAACGUAGAAUUUCAGUAUGUCAAAUGUUGGAGACCACCCAUUAAAAUGACAACAGCAUUCCAUAAACAUUCCUAACAACUAGAUAAAAAUGAAAGAAAACCCAAAUGCACCUGUAUUUCACAAAUAAAGCUGAGCAGUGUACAAAAGAAUUAAAAAUAGAGUCGCAGUCCAGGAAGGCUUGGGUGAACAGACCACAGUGCCACCUGUGUCCCUUUGGAAAGUUGGUUGGUACUAAUAAAUGUCUUACUGCCCAGCUGUGGAUUUUGUAGGACUUUUAAUAACAGCCAGGAAAAAAACGAGCAGAGUUAGACAGUUGUUCCAGCUCUAAAACUGAAGUACAGAGGCAACCGAUUGUAUGCAGAAAUGCAAUUGUAAUGCCUCAAACCAAGGGGAUCUGUUUGUUUUCAGGUGGAUUUAUGUGCAAUCUUGUUUAGGAUCACAGAUAGAAAAAUAUCUACUUUACCAGCAUUUGUUGCCUGGUUUAGUCUGCACAAGGGACGCGGGUGGUGCUGUGGUCUAAACCACAGAGCCUAGGGCUUGCUGAUCAGAAGGUUGGCAGUUCAAAUCCCUGUGACAGGGUGAGCUCCCAUUGCUCUGUCCCAGCUCCUGCCAACCUAGCAGUUCGAACGCACGUCAAAGUGCAAGUAGAUAAAUAGGUACCACUCCGGCAGGAAGGUAAACAACAUUUCCAUGCGCUGCUCUGGUUCGCCAGAAGCGGCUUAGUCAUGCUUAGUCAUUACCAAACCUGAGAGGAGACGUGUAGUGGUGAUAGGGGAUUCCCUACUGAGGGGAACAGAAGCAGUGAUCUGUGGGCCUGACAAGAUGUCUCGGGAAGUGUGCUGUUUCCCCGGGGCUAAGAUCCAAGAUGUAACUGAACGACUGCAAGGAAUCAUAAAACCCACUGACAAAUACCCCUUCCUCUUGGUUCAUGUGGGAACCAAUGACACUGCAAGCAAUAGCCUCCAGAAGAUCAAAAGAGACUACGAGGCUCUGGGCAGGAAAUUGAAGCAAUUAAAUGCACAAAUUGUCAUCUCAUCUGUCCUCCCAGUUGAAUGACGUGGCCCAGGGAGAGAGGGAAAAAUAGUGGCAGUGAACAGCUGGCUUCGCAAAUGGUGUAAACAGGAACGGUUUGGAUUCUUAGAUCACGGACUGCUUUUUCUUGAAGAUGGACUUCUGGCAAGCGAUGGGCUGCAUCUCACAACGGUUGGGAGAAAUGUUUUUGCCAAAAAUCUCAGAAACCUCAUCAGGAGGGCUUUAAACUGACUAAUGUGGGGGAGGGAGACAGUGCUCCUGAAGGUAGGAGUCUAUCAAUUGAUGAAGUUGAUCAUCCAAAUGUCAUAGACCAAAUGGAGCAAACAGCACGCAGACCUAGUGGUGGGAGGAAAAAAUUCUUAAAUAAGAGACACGGGGGAAUGAUUAAUGGACUUCAAUGUCUGUACACUAAUGCGCAAAGCAUUGGAAAUAAACAAGAUGAGCUUGAGCUCUUGGUACAGCAAACUAAAUAUGACAUAAUAGGCAUCACUGAAACCUAGUGGGAUAAGUCCCAUGAUUGGAAUGUAAUAAUGGGGGAUACAAUCUAUUUCAGAGAAACAGACCAGACAAGAAAGGAGGAGGAGUGGCGUUAUAUGUCAGGGAUGUGUAUACCUGUGAAGAGAUCCAAGAUUUAGAACCUCAAAGCCAAAGUGAGAGCAUUUGGGUCAAAAUUAAGGGAGAGAAGAAUAACAGUGACCUCAUUGUGGGAGUUUACUAUAGAUCCCCAAGCUAAACGGAGGACAUAGAUGAUGCCUUCCUGGAACAGAUGGCCAAGCAUGCAAAAGGAAGGGAGAGAGUAGUAAUGGGGGACUUCAAUUACCCGGAUAUUUGUUGGAUGUCAAACUCAGCCAAGAGCAUAAGGUCAAACAGAUUCCUCACUGGCCUUGCAGACAACUUCAUUGUCCAGAAAGUGGGAGAAGCAACAAGAGGAACAGCCAUUUUAGAUCUGGUCCUAACCAAUGUUGAUGACCUGGUUAGUGGGGUAGAAGUGGAAGGAUCAUUAGGCGCGAGUGAUCAUGCUCUUCUGAAGUUUACUAUACAGCGGAAAGGAGCAGCCAAGCAUACUAGGACUCAAUUUCUUGACUUUAAGAAAGCCGACUUCAUAAAACUUAGGGAAGUGCUGGGUGAGAUCCCAUGGACAGUAAUACUAAAAGGAAAGGGAGUUCAUGAUGGCUGGGAGUUUGUUAAGAGGGAGAUAGUAAAAGCACAACGUCAGGCAAUACCAAUGAGACGGAAACAUGGAAGGUGCCUAAAGAAGCCAGGGUGGCUAUCUAAAGAACUUUUAACUGAGUUAAGAUUAAAAAGGAUGUGUACAAAAAUGGAAAAGGGGGAAACCACCAAAGAGGAAUUCAAACAAAUAGCCAGCACGUGUAGACACAAAGUCAGAAAAGCUAAAGCACAGAAUGAACUCAGGCUUGCUAGAGAGGUUAAAAGCAACAAAAACGGCUUUUAUGGGUAUGUUCGUAGCAAAAGGAAGAACAAAGAAACAGUGGGGUCACUCAGAGGAGAAGAUGGUGAAAUGCAAACAGGGGACACAGAAAGGGCUGAACUCCUCAAUGCCUUCUUUGCCUCAGUCUUCUCCGAUAAAGAAAACAAUGCCCGACCUGAAGAAUUUGAAGCAAAUGAUUCAGCAAAGGAAACACAGCCCAGAAUAACUAAGGAGAUAGUACAAGAAUACUUGGCUAGUUUAGAUGUAUUCAAGUCUCCAGGGCCAGAUGAACUGCAUCCAAGAGUAUUAAAAGAACUGGCAGAUGUGAUCUCAGAACCACUGGCAGUCAUCUUUGAGAAUUCCUGGAGAACAGGCGAAGUCCCGGCAGACUGGAGGAGGGCAAAUGUUGUCCCUAUUUUCAAAAAGGGGAAAAGAGAGGACCCAAAUAAUUGCCGCCCAGUCAGUCUGACAUCAAUACCAGGGAAGAUUCUGGAGCAGAUCAUUAAGCAAACAGUCUGUGAGCACCUAGAAAGGAAUGCUGUGAUCACCAAUAGUCAGCAUGGAUUUCUGAAAAAUAAGUCAUGUCAGACUAACCUGAUCUCGUUUUUGACAGAAUUACAAGCCUGGUAGAUGAAGGGAACGCAGUGGAUGUAGCCUACCUUGAUUUCAGCAAGGCAUUUGACAAGGUGCCCCAUGAUAUUCUUGUAAAGAAGCUGGUAAAAUGCGGUCUUGACUAUGCUACCACUCAGUGGAUUUGUAACUGGCUGACUGACCGAACCCAAAGGGUGCUCAUCAAUGGUUCCUCUUCAUCCUGGAGAAGAGUGUCUAGUGGGGUGCCACAGGGUUCUGUCGGGCCCGGUCUUAUUCAACAUCUUUAUCAAUGACUUGGAUGAUGGACUCAAGGGCAUCCUGAUCAAAUUUGCAGAUGACACCAAACUGGGAGGGGUGGCUAACACCCCAGAGGACAGGAUCACACUUCAAAAUGACCUUGACAGAUUAGAGAACUGGGCAAAAACAAGAUGAAUUUUAACAGGGAGAAAUGUAAAGUAUUGCACUUGGGCAAAAAAAAUGAGAGGCACAAAUACAAGAUGGGUGACACCUGGCUUGAGAGCAGUACAUGUGAAAAGGAUCUAGGAGUCUUGGUUGACCACAAACUUGACAUGAGCCAACAGUGUGAUGCGGCAACUAAAAAAGCCAAUGCAAUUCUGGGCUGCAUCAACAGGAGUAUAGCAUCUAGAUCAAGGGAAGUAAUAGUGCCACUGUAUUCUGCUCUGGUCAGACCUCACCUGGAGUACUGUGUCCAGUUCUGGGCACCACAGUUCAAGAAGGACACUGACAAACUGGAACGUGUCCGGAGGAGGGCAACCAAAAUGGUCAAAGGCCUGGAAACGAUGCCUUAUGAGGAACGGCUAAGGGAGCUGGGCAUGUUUAGCCUGGAGAAGAGAAGGUUAAGGGGUGAUAUGAUAGUGUCAGGGAACUGCCAUCGGAAGGAAGGGAGGUGAAAGGACUCAGACAGGUUGGAAGAGACUCAGCAGCUGAAGAGGGAACCAGCAAGGGGAGAGAAGCUGAACUGAGGGAGGUGAAAGGGCUCAGACAGGUUGGAAGAGACUCAGCAGCUGAAGAGGAAACCAGCAGGGGAGAGAAGCUGAACUGAGGGAAAGGGAGCUGGGGGAUGGCUCAGAGAUACUUCCAGCGAAAACAGUGGUGAGGUUUCCGGACCUCCUGUAGGGACACCCACUCCUCGCCGGAAACUGUCACGCAGAGAGUCCAGAAGACGUGUUUCCGUUAAGGAGCUUUUAUGUUGGAAGCGAUUACGAAAGCAACCACUGUCGGAAUCUUCUAGUGACUAGAGGAGCCAUGUCAGAGGGGCUCAGUCACAGACAGAGGUUUGUGGACUUGAACAAACUCUGAGGGAAUACGAUUUUACGCACAAGCAGCUCAUCUUCCCAUCACAGAUAGCCAUGUUCAAAUAUAUAAAAGGAUGUCACAUAGAGGAGGGAGAAAGGUUGUUUUCUGCUGCUCCAGAGAAGCGGACACGGAGCAAUGGAUCCAAACUACAAGAAAGAAGAUUCCACCUAAACAUUAGGAAGAACUUCCUGACAGUAAGAGCUGUUCAACAGUGGAAUUUGCUGCCAAGGAGUGUGGUGGAGUCUCCUUCUUUGGAGGUCUUUAAGCAGAGGCUUGACAACCAUAUGUCAGGAGUGCUCUGAUGGUGUUUCCUGCUUGGCAGGGGGUUGGACUCGAUGGCCCUUGUGGUCUCUUCCAACUCUAUGAUUCUAUGAUUCUAUGCUGGCCACAUGACCUGGAAGCUGUACACUGGCUCCCUCGGCCAAUAAAGCGAGAUGAGCGCCGCAACCCCAGAGUCGGCCACGACUGGACCUAAUGGUCAGGCGUCCCUUUACCUUUAGCCCUAUGAUUCCCUAUAAUUCUUCUGCUGCUCAUGGCACAUUAUUAACACUUCUCCUGUGCAAAGGUGGCCACAGUUUCUGGCCAGAUGACUUUCACUCUUUUCUGUCAGGAGAGAAUUAGCCCCUGCUAGACUCUGCUUUCGUUGUUGACUUCUCUCUCUCUCUCCUCAUUUUUUCAGACACUCUCCCUCACAGAAUACUCAGCCACCACAGCACCAGCGUGACCUCCUUACUUUACCUCCAUGGCCGAUCAGCCCGGUUUGAUCCCAGCUGGCUGAUGUCUGGGAGCCAGGACUCCAGUGUGGUCUGGUGGGACAUUUUUACCGGGGAAUUAUUGCAUUGCUUUUCGCUGCAAGCUGGUCCCGUCACGAAUCUGCUGUUGUCUUCAGAGAACUACAGGGUAGGUAAAGAGGAUAAGGGAGAUGGGUCUUCCCGGGAGGAGGGAAGAGUCAGGGCUUAGUCUACCCUCCUGCCUGAGUUCUUGGGCUAGACUUAGAGGACAACAGCAACAGGCAGGGUCAGAUUUUAUUUCCCCCUGGGGAGAAGGAAAUCCAGCACUCAGCAGCAUGACAAGUGAUGAAAAGCCCCAUUCUUUGCACCCACCAGAAAGUAAACAAAAUAAAUUCAAUUAAUAAUAAUAAUAAUAAUAAAUCAAUAAUAGCAUGCAUUGUCCACACAUGACACAACUGCUUGCUCAACUCACUGACCUAGGAUUUAAUUGCAUCUGGCUUUUAACAUAUGCCAUGAAGAAUGAGCUUGCAAUUAGUUUUUGUUUUUUUGCUGUUCUUAAUUUUAUUACGUAUUUUGUACUUUUUCUACUGUAAAAUUAAAAACAUUUUUAUCUGUCUCUUCCUUGCAUGUAGAUGACCAGGGAUGCAAACUCUGCCAAUUAAAAGUGCCUCUGUUUACUAAAAAUCUGUCAGUGGCACCCCUCAGUUACCCCAGAGAAGCAGCCCAUACUAUUUAAUGCAAUAUUCUCUGCUCCUCAGCAAAAAAAACCCAACCCCCCCAAAACAACCCAAGACAUUCCCUACCCACUGCAGAUAAUCCAAAACACAGGGCAUGGGGGUCCUGCCAGGCCAGCCAGCCAGGACCCCAAGGGGUUGGAGGUGGUGAAGACAGUGAAGUGGGAGAGGAAAGAGGGUGCCUACCCAGAUGUUACCCAGAUGUUCACCUCACCAGAGCAGCCCCAGUUGGUCUCUACAGCUGCUUCUGCCUCUUUGUUCUGAGCCCUUGGCACAAGGAGGUCUAUAAUCAAAAUAAGGGAUGAAGGGCAGGAUUUCAUGUGGAAUUUAUCAAAUGAAGCCUUUGCAUCUUCCUAUGAUUCAUUCAGCCUUGCCACAGUGCCCUCAUCUGGCCAGAUUUAGACUUCACAAGGCUUUAAAUUAGAUUUCACAGACCCAACCAACAAAGGAGUUCUUAGGGAAGAGAGAGGUGUCUGUCAUCUUCUUGCCAUUGAUGGUUUCUUUUCUACUGAGAGAAGGAGUCAAGCAGUUCAGAUGUGGGGUCAGUUGCUAAGGGUGUUCAGUGGCACUGUCUCUUCCCUCGAUAUUUCAAGAAGUGGAGGGGCAGGCAGUUGCCCACUGGGGGUGCUUUGUAUGGAGCUGAUCCCGUCUUAAGGCAAGGAAUGAGCUUCAUAAUUGCAUUUCCAGUGCCUCUAGAAGACUAAAACCCUGUGCUCAGCAUCCAUUAGGUAAAGCUGUUAAGGGUGUGAAAUUGGACUCAUUUUGCACAAAUGUGCUUUGUUUACAGGUGUGUAAUUGGAAUCCCAGUGUAACAGCUUUAUUAUUUCCCCUCCUGUCCUAUUCCAAGGGCAACAGGCUGUAUGUAUACAUUUCCAUGUAGCAAUUUUGAGGGGGGGACAGGAUGAGCAGAAAUCUGACUGGAUCCCAGGAGACAGAAGCAGGCAACUUGGCUGGAUGCAGGAGCUCAGCUCCUCCUCAGACCUGCUCAGGCUGCCUCUGCUACUUGUAAAUAAUAAUGAUAAUAAUAAUAAUAAUAAUAAUAAUAAUAAUAAUAAUUUAUUAUUUGUACCCCACCCAUCUGGCUGGGUUUCCCCAGCCACUCUGGGCAGCUUCCAACAAAGAUUAAAAAUACAUUAAAAUGUCACACAUUAAAAACUUCCCUGAACAGGGCUGCCUUCAGAUGUCUUCUAAAUGUCAGGUACAGUGGUAACUUGGGUUAAGUACUUAAUUCAUUUCGGAGGUCUGUUCUUAAACUGAAACUGUUCUUAACCUGAAGCACCACUUUAGCUAAUGGGGCCUCCUGCUGCCGCUGCGCCACUGGAGCACGAUUUCUGUUCUCAUCCUGAAGCAAAGUUCUUACCCCGAGGUACUAUUUCUGGGUUAGCGGAGUCUGUAACCUGAAGCGUAUGUAACCUGAAGCGUAUGUAACCCGAGGUACCACUGUAGUUGUUUCUGUCUUUGACAUCUGGUGGGAGGGCGUUUCACAGGGCGGGUGCCACAACCGAGAAGGCCCUCUGCCUGGUUCCCUGUAGCUUUGCUUCUCGCGGGGAGGGAACCGCCAGAAGGCCCUCAGAGCUGGACCUCAGUGUCCAGGCAGAACGAUGGGGGUGGAGAUGCUCCUUCAGGUAUAUUGGGCCGAGGUCGUUUAGGGCUUUAAAGGUCAACACCAACACUUUGAAUGCUUUAAAUGCAUUUCUGUUCCACCUGGAGUGUCAUGGAUAGCACAGUCCAUUCAGAAACUCUAGCUUUUGCCUUAUUCACAGUGGUUUCCUAUAAAGAAGAGAAGUCAGCUCCAUUUAUAUGUUUCACACAGCCACACACACUCCCCUUAGCACACUUUGCUGUUGGUGCAGGCUUCUGCAUGACUCACCUUGGCAUUAUCCUUCUUUGCAGUUCAGAGGGCACCGGAUCGUGUGCUGCUUGUGUAGCGAUGACCAUGCUGUGGUGCUUUUGCACAUACAAGAGCGAGCCUGCCUCAUGCGCGCCAGGAAACACCUUUCCCCUGUGAAGAGGCUACGGUGGCACCCUGUGGAAAAUCUCUUGGUGGUUGGAUGCGAAGAUGAUUCCGUUUACGUCUGGGAUAUUGAGACCGGUAAGGCCUCUCUCUUUCUCCGCCAUCUUUUGUUUGCAAAACACAAGGGACCCCACCAGCCUGGAGAAGCAGCUAGCAGAGGCAAACUCUGUUUGAAAUGCCAGAGUUAGAGAAAAGGCCAAUCAUAACUGUCAGCAAUUUAACUUGGACUCUGAAUAGUGAAUGUUUAGCUAGACUUCAGAGGACUUGCUGUGCUGGCCAGUUGCCUGAGGUAGAGUGAGAGGCACAAGCCCUCUCCAUUUCUGGUGACACUGAGUUAGUCGACACUGAUAAAGGGUGUCUCCAGGCUGCCCACAAGCGGCCCAUGGGGGUUGUCUAACCGGCCCACGAGCUGCCCCCCAACCAAGCUGCCUGCUUGGCGAGUCCCCCCGCACUGCACUAAACUGGCACAGCACAGCACAGGGACUUGAUUCCGCAGCGCCGGAAAUCGCAUCUGUGGAGACGCAGAUGCCGGAAAUUGCGGGCAGGCGGGCGCGAUUUGGCCCACGGAAGGAUCUUCACUGGAGCAAACUGGCCCAGGUGAGGUAAACCUUGCUGCCCCCUGAUUUAAAUUAAAGCACUCUUGAUACCCUGCCAUAACACAUCCACUUUAAAAACACAACAAAACACAACACAGACUUUUGGGUGUUCGGAAAGCAAUGGGGAAAUGCAUUGAAAAGUGUGUCUGAAUGAAUUAAUAUUGGGAAGACGUGUAAACACCCCAUAAGCAACUCUGCAGGAUGAAGACUCAUUGCUGUAUAGGCAUUCCUUAGACAAAUGCUUAGAAAAGGCUGAGCAUUGGGGUCCCUCUAGCGUUUUUCCUCUCCUUUGGGUGCAUUCUGCAGCGUUGUGACACUGAUACAACAAUAGUGCUUCAGUGAUAGAUUUAUACUGGGUCAUCCACACGUCAUUCUGAGUUGCUCUGCAAUGCUUCCCCAAUGCCACCAUGCUCUUGCCACCUAGAAGGGCAUAAAAAAACCCUUUAGGAUAAAUUUGAACUAGUUCAUUUUGUAAAAAGAGGAACUAGUUCCUUUUUGGAAAGGAUGAACUUGAACUAGAACCAGUUCCUUUUUAAAACAUACUUUUCAAGUGUUGUGUGCAGACAGUCUGCUCUGCUGCAAGAAUCCAUGGAUCAGGGCUCCUGGCUGUAUUCUGCAUGGGAAAGAAGACUGGUUGAGAAAAUCAUAUCCUACAUAAAUCAGCAUAUAAAAUUUGAGUCCGUUUAUAGUCUGGAGGAUUGCUAUUGAAACAAUUUACUUACUGUUUUGGACAUGCUUGCAUAUCUACUACAUAAAAUAUAGGCUUAUAACAAUGUGCUUUUUAAAAUAAAUAAAUAAAUAAAUAAAUCCAUGUAUGUUCCGAGAUGGUUGUGACAUUUCCUGCCAAUUUGCAAACAUCCAGCGACAGACCCAUUUGAGCUACAGUUCUCCUGGUUCCAAGUAAAUGACAGGUCUUUAUGACAAGCCUAGCACUGGGUGAAAGAGUCAGACCUCCGCCAUAUCACACUCAGGCUGUGUUUCUAAAUGAGAAAUAUUGGGGUGUCCAGAGGGGGCCACAUGUUUGGGGCUUAUCAUGCCCACCCCCAUCUGCAAGACACUCUGGGACCCUAAGCAGAGGCAUGCAGGAGCUGCUUGUUCGUAGUCAGCAGUUCAAACUGCCCACCUUCUGAUCAGCAAGCCCAAGCUCCUGCCAGCCUACCAGUCUGAAAGCAUACCAGUGCGAGUAGAUAAAUAGGCACUGCUGCAACAGGAAGCUAAAUUGCAUUUCUGUGUGCUCUGGCACUUGUCACAGUGUCCUGUUGCACCAGAAGCGGUUUAGUCAUGCUGGUCACGUGACCCAGAAAGCUUGUUGUUGUUGUUUAGUCGUUUAGUCGUGUCCGACUCUUCGUGACCCCAUGGACCAGAGCAUGCCAGGCUAUCUGUGGACAAACGCUGACUCCCUUGGCCUGAAUGUGGAGAUGAGUGCCACAUCCCCUAGUCAAGUUUGACUGGACUUAACCAUCCAGGGGUCCUUUACCUUUACUUUACCUAGUCAGCAGCGAAGGAAAUUAACUCUGUACAUGCUCAGAUUUCUGCUAUUAUUUCUCAUGCUCUGGACCCAAGAAAGGGUCAGAGCGUGCCCCCAAAGAAAAUUGCAACAUGCUUUCUAGGAACCAAGUGGAUUGCCUUUAGAAACUGGGCACAUGCCUCCAUCUCUCCUCCUCUCCCCCGCCCUCUCCCUCAAGUUAACAAACUUUGCCUUGAGGGAAAGCUGACAUUCCUUUAAAGAGGCAUAUAAUCCAAUUAUGGAACCAUUAGGUGUUUUCAGGGAGCUCUGUAAGCUUAUGGCACCUUCCUGCACUCUGCUUUGGUUGGAAUGAGCAUGAAGGAAAUAUCUGUGCUGCGAUGCUUGACUACGAGUCUGUCUGCAUUCUGGACAUUUGGGUUUGCUGGAUUUUUAAAUGACUUCUUUGCACUUUUUGCCCUUAUUUGAUCAUUUGUAUUAUCAGUAUGCAUGUACACACACACACACACACACACACACACACACACACACGAUACAUAUAUCAAAACAGAGGGCUCAAGGAUAGUUCUGCUUGUCCCAUGCCUAGAAAGCACAGGUCUUUUUGCUUGUCUUGCCACUUUCCCAGGGGAAAACCCACUCUUUAGUGCUAAAUCAGAGCAAACAUUCCCUGCACACUCACUGCCCUGUUGGAAAUGGAAGCCCAUGUUUAAGAAGACCAGAAGCUGGCAUCCGUUUGUCUCAGGAGACAAUGGAAGAGAACACCGUUUGGGGGGGUGAAGUCAAACUGUUGGAAGUUUACAGUUUCUGCUGUGGUGGUAGAGACUCAUAUGAGAGAGACAUGUUUUGUUGCAGCUGAGGCAGAUAGAGGCGUCUGGUUGUGCUGCUGUAGAUACGCCACAGCGUUUCUUCUCUCUGUGCUCCUUCCUCUGGUCACUGCUAUGGAUAUAUGACCAGCAGGGCCGUCUUAAGCAUAUCCGGUGCCGUGGUGCAAAGCUCCCUCCGGUCCCCCUCCCCCGGUUUCUCAGAGGUUUCUUAGGGAGGAUGGCACUGCCGGCGGGGCUGAAGGAGGCAGACAGUGGCUGGAGGGCGGCUCCUCCGGCAGGGAAGAGGCGGAGGCUGGAUGCGGCACCUCCCAGCUCAGCUGGCCGCUUCAUGCUGUGGUGGCCACAGCAGACAGGCUCCAGCUUGGCUUCGGCGCAGCAUGGCGGAGGCAGGUGAGGGCAGCGAGCCACGUCCAACCUCCGCCUCUUCCCUGGCACCCUCCAGAACUUGGUGCCCUGGUGCCCUGCACCACUAGCCUCUAUGGGUAAGAUGCUCCUGAUGACCAGAUUGACAGUCUCCAGAUCAGCAGAAAACUCAGCCAUUUUUUCUCUCUGUUUUUUUAUUUUAUUUUUAUUUUUAUUAAGAACAAAUUAGAAAACAUACAUAUUUACAACAAAAGAAAAUACAUAUAACCAAGGAGAAAAAUUAGAGAAUACUUUGUCUCUUUUCAUAUUUACAGUUAUUUAUACCUCUAUAAAAUGCUAUUCACAAUAAAGGAGUGAAAUGAAAGAUAAGAUAUCAGAAAAAAGAAAAAAAGAACAAAGAAAAAAUAAAGAAGUAAAAGAAAAGGAUCAUAGGUGAAAAUUUUGGUGUUUUGGUUUUAACUGAAGGCCUUUUGUCUUACUGGUUUAUUUUUCUAUAUCAAAACUUCCUUAAAUUAAUAGAUAAGUCCUUGGUGUCUUCUGAGGAAGUUCACUGCUGUGCUAGGAUUUUCAUGCAACAAUAUUUUUGAAAAGAAAAAAAAAUCCCAGCUCAGAAUGGCUGUAAGAAAGUCUAGCAGAAUAGAGGGACCUUCCACAUUUUCAUUUGUUCCAUGAUUUCAAGUGAUAGGUCUGAGUGUUUUGUUUGUUUUGUCCCGCUGCUUUCCCUGGGAAAACCCACUGUUUGUUGCUGAAUCGGAACAACCACCAAUCGGGUUUUCUGUGGGUUGACAUUUGUUCCGAUUCAGCAGUGAAUUUCAGGUUUUCCUGGGAAAUGUCACAGGACACACACAAAAAAUACGGUACCCUCUCAGAUCUGUGACUUGAAAUCAGGGACAAAUGAAAAUGUGGAUGGUCCCAAAGGGAGGAGGAGGAGGAGGAGGAGGAGGAGGAGGACCUCUCUCAAUGAAAAGAGGGAUAGGAUAUUACAGAAAGGGAGGGAGGAAAAUUGAGGCCUUCAGUGGCUUUGGUCUUCCAGUGAAAACAAUUCAAGGGGUCAGCCGGAGAGUCUUGAUCUCAUGAAGUCAGAGGCCUGGUCCCUCCUAUCUGUGCAAAUGUACCGGUAAGUAGGAUGGAGCAUAAAUGAGCAAUGGGAAAGAUGCACUUGUGAAGAAAAGAAACAGCAAAAAAAGGACCAUCUGCCUCUUGUCAUUUGAUACCUGGAACACUAGGGGACAGCAUUCAAAUGCUGAAUGGAUGCUGACUAUUGAUUGGAGUCUUCAGGCUAACCUGUAAGUUAUGAAGUGUUUCUGCUGAGAGACUGAAGGCGAUUUGGGCAGGCAGCUUCCAGGGUAAAAAACAAAUGGAAGAAUGAAACAAGCCUGAUGAUGUCCCUCCCUUACACUCUGGUUGCCCUGAGCAGCAUUUCAGAUGCUGGAGAGCCCCUGGAAGCACAUGGAAAACAUGGAACCAGGUGCACCAAAUGUGAAUGGUUCCAACUGCUUUUCAUUUUGCAUUUCCAAAGAGUUGCAACCCACCCAGGGACCUUAUGAAGGGUGGGUAAGAAAUCCUGUUGUUGUUGCUCGUUACAAUAUGAUUUGAUAUAAGGUAGAAUCCUAUGCUGCUUCUACAUUAGAAUUAAAUUAAUCAGCUGCUCACCGGAAAGGGAAUAGAAUGUGAUGAUUAUAUCCAUUGAUUUCUUACCAUUUAAGUGUGCGUCUAUAACUAUCCCCUAUUACAGUUAUUAAUUAUUCCAUUCACAGCAGCUGUGUAUGGGGACCAACCAUGUGGGUGACUUAAAUGGUGAUUCCUGGCAUAAACUGGAGGCAGGAAUGGCAAUUGUGAGGGGUGGUUCUUCUUAACUUUGUGACUGUAGUUAUGCUAUAGGCCUUGUAUGUUUAUAUACCUGGCAUGGGUUCAGCUUUUGGCAGAGAAUCCCUUUGGGAAGUUCUUUAAGCCCCUUACAGAGCUGACAAAAUCCUAUACCAACUUCCUUCAGAAUAUUGCGCUCAGUGGGACUUCCCAUCUGAGCAGGCAGGUGCAGUAUGAUUCUGUAGCUGGCUUUUUGCUUGGUACCAUUAAACAGCCAUCCAUGGAGCAGUCUUAAUGCUCACCUUGGUGAAUGAACUUGUCCAGCUGCAACUUACCUUCUUGGCCCUGAUUCUGCCCCGGAGCUCCUGCUCUGCUUAGGUGAAGUCAUGCUCCGCUGCCUGUAAAUUUCUCAAACCACUAUUUCUCCUCUGCCCAGGAAGUCUCGAGCGCCACGAAACUGGGGAAGUUGCUCAGGCAAUCCUUGCUUGCUGUGAGGACUCAGUCAUGGCAGCGGCAGAUUCUCUGUCGGCCGUCUUUGAAGAAGACACACCUAAGCAGGAAAACCUGGAUGGCCAAUCUUCCAACUCCUGUAAAAUCGGUACUCUUUCCUACAGCAGCCUCGCUCAUCGAGAAAAGUCUUCCCACCAUCAGGUGAGUGCACAGAAAGGGGAGACUUCGGAUCAAAGAACUGAAGAAUUGUAGAGUUGGAAAGGACCUAAAAGGUCCCCUGGUCCAAACCCCUGCCACGGAUCUUGAACAGCACUCAGCAAACCUACCUUGAUGCCACAUGACCCAAAGUUGCUUUCCCAUCCCCUUCUCUGGAAGGGAUGGUGUUACAAAAGCACCAUUCAGGAGAACAUUAAAACUUUAAAGCAGGUUUUGCCUGCAAGAGCUGAGGCACGUGCUGAUCUUGUAACUGGCCACUUUAGCCCAGGCUCCACGCUGGCUAGUAGGCUGAAUCCUUAUGGGUUCAGGAUGUUGGCUGGGAGUGAACUUGCUCUGUAAAUUGAUAACAAGUCCAUAUACUGUAUUUUUCCGUGUAUUACACAACCCCAUGUAUAAGACGACCCCUAUUUUUAGGAGCCCUCAACAGUUGUUGAGCUUCUUUUGUAAGUUUGCUGAGCUGUUGAGCAGCUUUUCGAUGAUCUGGCUGACGGAACUGGUGCUGUAAUACACUGCAUACUGGCACUCACCAAAUACUCUUCCUAAGCCGGGAAGAGCAUUAAGCAGCCUCCUCUCUGACAUUUCUCUGCUACCACUGCAGCACCGGCCCUCACUUACUUAGCAUAUUAACCCAUGUAUAAGACGACCCUCAAUUUAUCACAAAAAAAAAUCAGAAAAAAGGUUGUCUUAUACAUGGAAAAAUAUGGUAAAUGCUACUUAAACUAUAGAAGCCCCUCCAAUUUGUUAUUGAUCAUGCCUCAGAACCACCAACUACAGAUGAAACUAGCACAUCUAACAAGACAUCUUGACCAGUAAAUAUACGAAAUAUAACUAUAUUGUGCUUGAUGAAAAGUAAGUCUAUGAGUUUUACAUAUACAACAGUGGCUCAAAAAGCUUUGGCUUUUUGGUGGGGAAGGAGCCUCAAUUGUUCCCUAUCUUUGCACAUGUAGAAGGAUCAUUUAGUAUUUAGGUAUUUAAUGGUGACUGCCCAUCAUCUCCUGUUGAUUAGGAGCAGCUAUUAGACAUGAUAAUCACCCUCUUUGAUAUAACACUAUUUAUAUAGACUAAACGAUGACUGAUGAAGAACAGUAGUAGUAGUAGUAAGAUGAUAAUGCUAUUUAAACGUAUGUGGCUAAUGAGAUUUCGAACCAGGUUCGGUGCUUAAUUCUGCAAAUCGUAAAAUGGAUCUGCUGGGAGACUGAAAAGGUCUCCACUGAAAACAGAGCUCUAAAAUAGCAAGGAAUGACCUAGCCACACUCCAGCACUUUAAAGUCUCAUUGAAUUCCAGAAAAGGGAGAGUUAGCCACGUGCUUAAAUGCCUCCCAUGGAAAACAAUGUUUAAGUGCUUGAGGCAGGCUAUGUGGCACCUUUCUUGUACCUCAUGGCUGGCCAGCCUCUAAAGCAGAUUCUCCGUAUCAACAUAUUUGUCCUCAUGGAAACUGCAGCCACCAGGACCGAGGGCUGCUUGGGUGAUUUUUGGUGUGGAACUGGGACGUGUGCCCAGAAGAUAAAGUUGGCCCUGUUCCUCCUGGUGGGACAAGUGCCAUCAGUGCAAAACGAAGCAUGCACGUCGUCAAAUUCCCUUGAUAUACAGUACUUAAACAGGUUUUAAUUAUUUCCAACAUCAAAAGGCCCCCUCAUGUGCGGCAUCAUUGUUUGCCAGAGAAAGCGCCACUCUGAACGGGGGUGAAGGGGUCUCUCCCCAAAAUCAGACCCUCAGCAUUUGCCUCAGUCACUGACAGGGGGAGAGGCGGCAAUUUGUGUGGUGAAGCCUAUUUGAAUAGGGUAUUGUUAGAAUACUUAUGGUCCACUUGACAAGGGCUCUUGCUGUAAAUAGCACAAUUUGACUCCAGCUGUUAAAGGGAGGUUUUGACAGUCGCUGAAUGGGAUUGUGGGGGGGAGGUGCUUUGCUGCAGAGGAGAGAAAAUCAAUACUGGCCUCUCGUUCAAAGCAACCUGCUCUUUUUCUUGUUCAGUUCUCCUUCCGGGUUUAUAUAAGGUGAUCUGCCAUUUAGAAAGGAAGACCUAGCUACUGUUUAAAAGCAGGGUUGGUUUGUGUAUGUAUGUGUGCAUGUGCAGACUAAACCAGGCAACAAAUGCUGGCAAAGUAGAUAUUUUUCUAUCGGUAGAUCUGUGAUCCUAAAUGAAAUUGCACAUAAAUCCACAUGAAAGCAAAGAGAUCCACUUGGUUUCAGGCAUUACAAUUGCAUUUCUGCAUACAAUCAGUUGCCUCUGUACUUCAGUUUUGGAGCUGGAACGACUGUCUAACUCUGCUUGUUUUUCCCCUAGCUGUUAUUAAAAGUCCUACUAAAUCCACAGCUGGGCAGUAAGACAUUUAUUAGUACCAAGCAACUUUCCAAAAGCCUGCCACUAUUCUGUGAUGCUGUCAUUGGUCCUAAUAAAGACAUCACCCAACUGUGGAUUUUUGAUUUUUUUACUGGGCGAUUUUUGCUUCUUAGAACAGAUUCCUCUUCUGUGGACCUCUUGGGCUCCCUGACAGUGUGGCUUCCUCUAUGGCCUGGUGCUGAUCAUUGCCAUCCAGCCAAGCUGUGACCUGACACGCCUUAGUGACAGAAUACCUGGCUAGGGGGAGCAAGAAGGCUUGGGCAUGGGGCUUCCAUGGCACCAAAUGGUCUUUGGUAAACUUUCAUAAUAUGGCACCCUGUGCGAGGCCAAAAAUGGACACACCCAAACGGAUCUCUCAAUUAUGGAUGUGCUCAAUUAUAUGGCUCUAUGCUCUGUGAGGGGCAACCAUCUAAAUCAUUUUGCAGUGCAAGGGUUUGAUUGUGCAGGUACCAGCCCACCUUUAAAGAUCAUCGCUGCUCCCCACCACCCAAAAAACAGAAGAGAGGAGGAGUUCCAGUGCUGCGCAUACCGCAGAGGAAAAUAUUUACUUUGCUCAAUUCUUUGCUCAAUCCAGUUUCCAUUUUCUGCUUCUGUGUAAUGAAAAAUGAAAAACACAGAAGCAUAACAAUAGGGAGAGGACUCUUGGUUUAAGAGAUUUUUCUCCUAAACAAAGAGUCCUGAUUUUUCUCCUAAACCAAGAGUCCUUCCCCUAUUGUUAUGGUUCUGUGUUUUUCAUUUUUCAUUACACAGAAGCAGAAAAUGGAAACUGAAUUAUUAUUAUUAUUAUUAAUGCUUAAUUGUGAGUGAAUUUAAUAUGUAAUAAACUACAGCUUGCAUGUCAGUGCAUUGAUAUAGUUCUCUAACACCCCGGAGUUAAAAUGGCUUCAGAAAUAAAUGUGUUCAGCAUCUAGGCCCACAAAUGUAGUGGCACUUCCAAGAUUCAAAGCUCCCAAUUAUGAGCAUCUCUUUCUGUUGUCAGGAGCUGCUAGCUUUAAGUGCCUGGCUGGGGAGGAGGUGUGUGAGCCUCACUGAGAGAAGGAAGGAAAGUCUAUCCCUGACAGCUUCAGACAAUGCAAAGGGGGGAGGCAGCAGAUCGAUGCUCCCUCCCCCAAUCUUGGAAGUCUCUGCUGCUCCUCGCCCCUCCACUGUCCCGCCCCCACCCCCGGUCAAUGUAAUGACAAGAAAAUUGGUGUAGAGGCCAGUCUUGCAGCUAGAUCAUUUUAGACCCUGGACUUAAUGGUCCUCCAGCACACGCACACACACUAAACAGUCAUGUGUGUUACUCUGGUUAGGAAGCUGACUGCUCUUCUCUCUAGCCAUGCCAGGGUCUGCAAAUGCUCCUACAUUCUUGGCACAAGAGAGCAAAAAAUAAACAGCCCCCCGCCAAAACACACACACUAAAGGUUGGACAACCUGAUAAAAAAAAGAGAAAUACUUUUGAGCAUGUGCCGUUUCAUAUUUUAUACUCGCUUCAAUCUCCAAGACUACAGGAAUAAAACAAGGUUUGCUUCUGCAGCCCUGAAGCUAUGCACAUUUACCUGGAAAAAAAGGGGAUAAUAAGUAUUUUUAAAGUGAAAAGAAAAAUAUAGAAAUGGGCAUCUGUAAUCGCCUGCUUGCCUGCCUGGCUCUCCCUUCCCUUUAAAAUGGUUUUAAAGGUAUGAAAGGCUGCUGUGGGAGUAACCACUGUCAACCUCAGUGGGGCUGAGACCAGGCCUGCUUGCUGCUGGCCCACCCUGCACAAUCUGUCGCUCCCCGGGUGGUCAUUUGGUAGUGGGGGGCAGGGUGGAGGCUGGACUUUGGCCCCAGGUCUAGCCUGAGCUCCACCACCUUCAACAUAGAGCCUUCAACAUUUGCAUGAAUUCUGCUCCUAUUCCUAAAUGUGUGCUAAAUGAAGCAGAGCUGUUUUGCAUUGCAGUGUAUGUGGAGAGCAGCAGCAGUCAAUGAGAACAUAGAAGCCUCUCAGAUACCCUCCUGUCUUAGCUCUGCGCUGAUAGGCCUGCCGCUCCCACCUUGGGUGCCAACAGCCAGCAGCUCUGACGUUUUGGGUGCUGGACAGCUCCCACACCCAUAUGCCGCGCUGGGGAGCUGUCCAGCCUCCUGGAGCCUGACAGCAGGCCUGGGUAGGUGCCUUCAGAGUUGUCCCCAGGAUCAGGUUGCUUGAAGGUUGGCAGGGCGGGCAAGGGGGUACAUGGUGUGCAUGCCCUGGUCCCCCACAGCUUCUUGGCCCAAGGUCCCAUGUCUGCCCCACUGCUGUGUGAGCCCACUGGGAGACUUUGGCUGUCAGGAGGUUACACAAGGGUCCUCCCCACCCUUCGCAAAUGACUGGGAACUUGAAAAACAAAACAGAACUCUUCUCUUCAAGGGCACGGGCAUCUUUGAAAAGGAGAAAGCUGUACUGACAUUCAAAAAACCUGGUUUUAUAUGGAAUUUUACUGUCACUGAAAUUAACUCAAGUUUCAUUUGAAGAUAACGCAGCACAGCUAUUUAAAGCCUUCUGAAUGCCAAACAAAGGCUCAUUUCCAUGCUCAGUUAUUACUGGCCCUCUGAACACUCUAUGCUGGGUCUGGGAUAAUUUUUUUCCACUUGAAAAUGUUUAUAUAUUAAUAUAAGCAAUUUGUAGAUUGCCAUUUAUAUUUCUUUUUUUAAGCAUUACUGAGCCGCCAUAACUUAAAAUAUCAGGGUGAAGUCCAACAAUAAAAUAUAAAACAUAUUUAAAAACUACAGAAACCAUAAAAGGGAGCACACUGAGGACAGAGCGGUCAAAGCAGCCUUGAAAUACGCUUCUAACAAGUAGAACUUUCUGUGGCAUAUGAAUCCGGACCCAUUUUUGUGAUAUCAGUUUAAAUCAAACAAACAAAACACACCAAGCCACCAAAUGCAAUUUCUGCCAGCCUCUGUAAUCAAGUACAAGCAGCUCACUAAGCGGUGGCCUUUUCAGUCCAAAAUGUUUGCUGAUUUCGUGAAGCAAUAUUUUAUACUCAUAAACUGGCUGCAAGGUGGGAGUGCAAUUCCAUUUAUCUUGAUAUUCUUUAGCUUUAUAGAGCCUGCCAAAGUGUCCAUCUGUUCGGCGGAGAUUGCUUCCCCUCGCGAGUGGUCAGGGGGAGUGAGCUGGGAGAGGUCAAAGGAGCUUCUUGACCUCGGGUGUUUCUCGCUGGAGCAAUUGGAGUAGAGGGAGCCGGGUGCCAUUACGAGGUGCUGCUCAGCAAAGCAGCCCCCACUUUAAUUGGUAAUGAUAGCAGGGAAGACACAGUGAAGCCACAGCCAGGAGAAAACAAAAGGCAUCCAAUAUAGUAAUUUAUUACCGGUUGCUGGGUUUCAGCCGCUUGGUUGUUUUACCCCUGCCGCGGCCGCGGAGAGCAAAAAGAGGCUCCAGCACUUAAUGCAAAAUGGAGGCCUUGCUGCCGGCAGGGCAGCGUGGGGCUCGGAAGAAGAUUGCCUCAGCUAUUAGUUGGAUCAUGGAUUUGUGCUUGUUGGCUCGGCUCUCCGGGCCCUUCUCUCCAGUGCAUCAGCUGCAAUUUCCGGCUUGCUUCUUUGCCUACAAUUUGCCCUGCCAGUCUUCAGGCUGCUGAGCUGGUGUCAGCACUCAAACAUGGUGAGAUGUUGGGGCCCAUGGAGCCAAAAGAGGUGCAGCUGUCCUCUGUGUUGUCCAAGGAUGCCUCCGGCCCCACAUUUACAGGUGCCAGGGGCUGCUGCAGACUCUCUGGGCAGUGGCCUGCGGUGUGCCAAGCGCUAAAGCUGCCUCUCCUCUUGAGCGUAUGGGUGGGGUGGAGGAGGGCUGCAGGUGGUUGGCACCAGUGGGGGGUAAGUGAGGGUGCUCAGCAGAGAAGGGCCAAGGGAAUCACUGGGAGUAGCUCCUCAGGCUGCUGUCCACCAGGCACAUCUUAAGGAACCUGCUUUGCAUUUUUGCUCAUUGCUUCCCAGAGCCAGCAAUAUAGCCGGUGGUUGGAAGGACUUGUUCCCUUGCCAACCAUUUUGUGUGGUUCUUUUAGUCCUACUUUGAAUCCUGUCCAUGAUUCAGCUGCCUAGUUAUUCCAGCUCUCUGCUUUUUGUUCCUUAAAGGUAAAGGUAAAGGGACCCCUGACCAUUAAGUCCAGUUGUGGCCGACUCUGGGGUUGUGGCACUCAUCUCACUUUAUUGGCCGAGGGAGCCGGCAUACAGCUUCCGGGUCAUGUGGCCAGCAUGACUAAGCCGCUUCUGGUGAACCAGAGCAGCGCACGGAAACGCCAUUUACCUUCCAGCUGGAGUGGUACCUAUUUAUCUACUUGCACUUUGAUGUGCUCUCGAACUGCUAGGUUGGCAGGGGCUGGGACUGAACAACGGGAGCUCACCCCGUCGCGGGGAUUCAAACUGCCGACCUUCUGAUCGGCAAGUCCUAGGCUCUGUGGUUUAACCCACAGCGCCACCCACGUUUUGUUCCUUAACCACUUGCUAAUCCAAAAGAGGACCUUCCCUCUUAUUUGAUGUCUUUGUAGGAGUCUUUGGUGAGGAAGUUUUAUAAAAAAGCUUUUUGAAAGUCUAAGUUCACAACUGUAUCACCCCUCUCUAUAUGCUUGUUGACACUCUGAAAGAACUUGAAGAGUUUAGUAAGAUAGAACUUAUCCUUGCAGAAGCCCCGCUGCUUCCACUUCAGGACUUAUUCUUCUAUAUGCUUUGUAGGUCUUAGUUUAACAACACUAUCCACCAGUUUUCCUGGAAUAAACAUGCUAACCAGUCUGUAAUUUCCGCGAUCCUCUCAGUAUUCCUUAAAAAAAUGUUGCUACAGUGGCUGCUUUCCAGGAAGACUGAAACAGCCCCAAGAAUCAUUCAUUUUUUCAAAUAACGCAUCCGAUGGCAAAAGCAUGGCACCAAUAUUAUUUGAGAUGUAGAAGAGGCAUCUCUAACCCUGGUGCCCUCCAGAUGUUCUGGACUACAACUCCCAUCAUCAUCUUCCCUGACCAUUGGCUGUGCCAGCUUCUAAGACCAAUAGGAGAAUUGUUGGUGUGGAAUGUGUGAUUAUUCACGGUGCAUAUGAACAUCUAAUGAAUGUUCAGAUUUCUUGGGAGAAAAUCUUUCAGGCAGAUAUAAAUAUUCAAAUAGCAUCUGGAAGAUCUCUCCAAGGCAGGAUCUGUGAAAUGUGUACUGGAGAGAUGUGUGCUUUGUAGAAUGUGCAAGGACUUGGCCUCAGAUUUACUCCUGAGUAGAAAUGAGUUGGCGGGCCUGUAUGUUGCUCACCUUUGGCAUUCUGAUUCCCCCAAGUUUUUUGGGCGUGACAAUCUCUGGAGCCUUUCUGCCCUGUUCUGACUCUAGACAGAGCAGCCUCCUUGCAGCCUUUGACUUUUAUUUCCUAUCCAAAGUUUCUUAGCAAAAGGCAACAGUUUCUCAUUUGCAGACUUAGCAGACCUAGGUGUAAAAGCAUCCAGAUUUCCUUGUUUUCAACAGGUAUGAAUAACCAUUCCAGUGUCCGUGCCACUGGGAACCAGGCCUUUAUUUAGAGAGCACUAGGGGUGUGGUGACCUCUCCCUUUAAUGGAGGAGGGAGGAUGGUUUUCUUUGCAAAACUACCACAUGAUUCCAUUUCUUGGUUCCCUUGUGGAAGGAGAAAGCUUUGGUUGCUCCUGUUGUCUCUCGAUUUAGCACUAAUCCUGCCGUAGGAUGCCUUGGCAUCAGGAAGCUGGAGUGCCUGAAGAAUUCAAGUGCUCUGCUUCCUAAUGGACGUGUGCAUUCUAAGUGGGCAAGACAUAGUUCCUAGAAGCAGGUGAAUCCCAGCGGCAAAGAGCCUGCAGAGAUGAAAAGGUCACCUGGUAAAAUAGCAUUUCCAUUGUACUUUCCAUAAAAUGUUUGUGUGGUGGGUCUGGCUUAGACCAGUUAAGGUUAAUAGCCUGUGUUGAUGCAUUUGAGGAUGAGGGGGAAGAGAAGAAUGACCUUUCCCUGGAAGCAGGGGAUUAGCCUCCUCUCUCUGCCGAGUUUUGCCAGAGACUCUUUCCCCCUUUUUAGUCACUGCGUCUGCAGUGAGCACUAGCAGAAGCAGCGAAGUCUUGGCUCUUGUUGAAUUGCACAUGGUAGUUCUACAUGGAGGAACUGAAGCAGAAGGAGCAAAAAUGGUGAAAGAGACUCUCCCCCCCCCCCAUUGCAGUCGACACAGGCACCAUAUGCACCCUCCUCCCAAAUUGACUUCACCUCUCACAGUUAAAAUGUGAGAAUUGCAUUUUUAUUUCACUCUGCCUGUUUUUAAAAGGAGCUUCCAAAACUUUUUCCAACACUGUCUUACAAGGCAUUGGAAGCUGUAGUAGUCAUCAAAGAAAGCAGUUUGCUUCAGGUGAGUGUGAAAGCAUUCCACCUCUGAGCAUUUCCUAACAUACUUUUAAAAUUUAUACUUUCCCCUUCAACAGGUUUCCAGGGCAGCUUACAAAAAGUUAACAUUACAAUAGAACACCACCAUACAAAUCCAUUUUGCCACCUGCCCACCUCUGAAAUGCCAUGCCCUGUUUGGGGUUACUUUGCUCUCAGUGCCAUCUUGGAAUAAGUAGUAUUAGUAGUAGUAGCAGCAGCAGCAGCAGCAGCAGUAAUAAUAAUAAUAUUUAUACCCCACCCAUCUGGCUGGGUUUUCCCUAGCCACUCUGGGCAGCUCACAACAGAAUAUUAAAAACACAAUACAGCAUUAAACAUUAAAAACUUCCCUAAACAGGGCUGCAUUCAGAUGUCUUUUAAAAGUAAGAUAGUUGCUUAUUGCCUUGACAUCUGAUGGGAGGGCGUUCCACAGGGCGGGCACCACUACUGAGAAGGCCCUCUGCCUGGUUCUCUGUAACCUCACAUCUCGCAAUGAGGGAACCGCCAGAAGGCCCUCAGAGCUGGACCUCAGUGUCCGGGCUGAACGAUGGGAGUGAGACAGGGCCUUGCCUGGAGUGCUCUCCCAAGAGAAACCCCUCAGACUCCUUCUGUGGGUCACCAGAGAUUGAAGAUGCUUUUAUUUAACAGUCUUGACCUUUGGUUUGCAUUCGCUUUUGGUUGUUGGUUGCAUUUUGCUUUUAGAAAUGGUUUGUUAUAUUUACCUUUCUGUUGACUAUACUGUGUGCUGUGGGUAAUUUUUAGUGGCUGAGCAAAAUGUACAUUAUUCCUGUUCUUAUUAUUUUCAGCUACCCACUGCCUGCCAUACCCAGUGGCCUUUUACCAUCCUGCCUGUGAAGACAGAGCGACAGAACAUCCAUUUUUAUGUCCUUCUCUUUGAUUUGGAAAAAUUGGCCGAACUCCUGCAUUCAGCCCAGCUCAAGGGACUGAAGUCAUCCAGCUCAUUCCACAGCUAUGAUGCUCUAAAGAGAGCCAAAAGCACAGCUGACAAAAGGAUGCUAAUGAUGAAACGAAACAGAACUUCUGGGUCACUCUUUCCGUUGGAUGGGCAAGUCAAAGCUCCAGCUGAAGAGCAAACAUUUGGGGAGAGUAAUGCAGUUGGCUCUUUGGAACAAAGUGGCGGCAUCAAAAGACACAAAAAGCCGAAGAGUUCAAAGAAGGUUCGGAGGCAGCCAUCAGGAAAAGUCAAUGUGAAUGUUGCCAUGGAUGCAGCAAAGCUCCUCUUGUCAUGCCUCUUGCCUUGGGGUGUGGAUGGGGAGUUGGAUGAUCUCUGUGUUCAGUAUUUAGAUAUCUUGAGACUUCUCUAUCCAGUCUCACUUGGACUUAUGUCGAGGAACAAUCAUCUCUCUCUGACAUUGCCGGGAUGGCGCUAUGCCAGUUCCCCAGGGGCAGAACAGCAACAGGAGGCAAAUCACUUGUUCUCCAGAAAAGUGCUGGAUUUGUGUCACAGGUACAUUAGUGUGGCCCAAGAGCAAACAGGAAGGGUCAAUGGACACACAAAAAGCAUCCGUACCACAGAGAGAUCCCUGACUCUGAGUUAUUUACUGAGAAGGAUAUAUUUAGUUCAAAGGAUAUUUGGCAGGCCCUUAGAAAAGACCAGGUAAGAACUUCCAUUUUCCAGUGUUUCUCUAAUCCCAAGCAGGCAAAAUGUUAGAUGGCACAGAUGGAUGGGCAGACAUUCCUUUGUCUGCCUAUCAUUUGUCAUUCAUAGUGUAGCCUAGUGCCAUGCCCUGGAAACCCAUUAAGAGUGUUUCCAAAUUACUCUUAAUUAACCCACAUUUAUAUCCUUUGGUGUACCAGUUAGGAUUUAGCUCCUUCUCAUUUCAUCUCCAUGAAAUGGGAAUAAUAAUUUGCAUCAUUUAUUUGUUUUGCUUGCUCUGUUUAUUCCUUGCUUUCUAGAGGGCCUUACAGAUGGUUCUCAGUUGGUUGACUCCCAGCUAGGCACUGCUCAGGGGCAGAAAUCCUUUGCUACAGUCACUGAACUUUAGUCACUUUUGCUUUCAGACCAUUUUUCUGGGCCAUGAUUGUGAUGGAACUGUGUUUUACAGUGCUUAUUCCACAUAUUGUCACGUCCCAUAGGCUGCCACAAAAAGGGGAGCAAAUGUCUCAGAAAUUACCAAGGGCAGCCCCAUAUAGCUUAGGCUUCAUUUUAUGACAUCUAGGCUUGAAGACAUGAACAAAGAUAUAUUUUGUGAAACAGAUUCCAAGCCACUGUUGAAAACUGGGGUCUCCACAUAACCUUAAUUUAUGUGGGAGGCUGAACCUUGUAAAUAACGAUUGGGCUUAUAUCCAAGGAACUAAUGACAUCUCCCAUGCCUAGAUUCAGUUUCAGGCACUGUCCCAAUUCUCAACUUCACCGAAGCCACCAACCAGAUUCUUUUUUUUUUUUAAUGAGGAAAGAAGAGCUGGAUACUAUUGGUAUCAUGGCAGCAUCUCACACUAAAUACUUCUGCAAAGUCCUUGCAGGUAGGGGAGAGGAAAAUAUGGAAAAGGCUAUGAGGAGGAGAAAAGUAGAUCAUCAUCAAUCAUUCCUUGCUACCAGGAAUGGAACCUGAGAGUAGUUUCCAUUUGCCAUGCUAUCAACACUUCCUGCUCAAGAGUGUCACAGACCUUAGAGUUGGGACCUAGUGAGCCUAGGGCUUGCUGAUCAGAAGGUUGGCGGUUCGAACCCCCAUGACGGAGGUGAGCUCCCGUUGCUCGGUCCCGGCUCCUGCCAACCUAGCAGUUCGAAAACACAGCAAAGUUCAAGUAGAUAAAUAGGUACUACUCUGGUAGGAAGGUAAACGGCGUUUCCAUGCGCUGCUCUGGUUCGCCAGAAGUGGCUUAGUCAUGCUGGCCAUAUGACCCGGAAGCUGUAUGCCGGCUCCCUUGGCUAGUAAAGCGAGAUGAGCGCCACAACCCCAGAGUCGUCCGCAACUGGACCUAACUGUCAGGGGUCCCUUUACCUUUAGAGUCAGUCAAUAGGACAGAGCUCAUCUGUUACCCAUCCCCACCCACCUCAGACAUCAUUCAGCACCUCUCCCUUAUAAGGCAUUAUAAGCCUGGAAACUAGUAAAGGUAUUGAAAUUGAAUAGCAUACAAUAUUUGUAGUGCACAUUUUGAGAAAUUUCAGUCUCCCUACCUUGAUAGAUAUAAAUAUAGACCAGGAAAUGCCUGGUUGGGGCACUCCUGGUUUUCUAUUUGCAUAUAAAAACUGAACCAUGGAAACUGGCAUUUCCCAGAAUUAAUUAAACUGAGGAGUUGAAAUUGGCAAGUUGCAGGAAUCGUUCCAAGACGCAGUAAGAAGGCCCCUUGUUUGGUCUACCCUUUUGACACUUCCUCCAACACCAUGUUUGGUCUACCCUUUUGAAAGUCCACCAUUAGUUGCAUUUUUAUUACUCCUGCCCUUUAAACAGGAAUAUCAAAAUGAAGUUGUUUGGUUGGUUUGCUUGUUCAUACCCACUCAAGGGCACAUUUAUUUUGCUGGCUGCUCCUUCAGCAUCUGGGCAGGAGAGAAACAAUAUGUGCCGUGUUUUUAGCCAAGCCAAAUGGAGCAUGCUAAUUAGACAACUGGUGUAGGUGAUCAUUGUCCUUCAAGAAACCUACAUGGCUCUUGGGUCUGGCCUUCUAAGGACAACUAACUUGAAAGUUGGGGGGACGAGAAAAAUUGUACUGCUGGUUCUGCCAACAGUCAAGGCAAGAAGAAAAGUGGCUGUGAGGGAGGAGCCUGUGGCAGGCAGGCAGGAAGUCUAGAUGGCAACUGUGCAGCUGCCAGUCAUUUCAAAGGGCUGCUUUAUGCCAAGGGCCUCCCAUGACUGGCAGCUUAUAUUGAUGAGGAGCACAGUCCUUUCCCAGGCCUGCUUCCUUGGAUGCUGGGAACUGAGCCUGACAAGUCAACACAUGCAAGAGGCUGGGGGUUUGCUUUGCUGUGGACUGUGGGCAAGAGAAGGGCCAGGCAGAUGAUUUUUCACACGGGAUCCUUGUUGCUUUAAGCAAGUGAGCCUGCUUUCUGUGCCAGCCACUGAGGACAAAUGGCUCUUGGGAAGUCUUAGCAGGCUGCCCAGCUUCACACUCUUUGAUCAUCUGAAAGAUAGCUGUACACUACGGGAGGGUCCUCCUCCAGUUAUAUAUGUAUAUUGGGUUAGAGCCAAUGUUAGUCCUACUCAGAGUAGACCCAUUGAAAAUAAUGGGCAUUACUUACUAAGGUCCAUAAAGGUCAGUAAGUUUACUAUAGCCCAGGAUUGCUUAGUGGUAUCUCUGCUUGCCUGCACUGAUCUCUUUGACUCUUAUAACAUUUCCCCUCAGUCGCCAGAAACUGGAGUCUGCACGCAACAAAUGGAGACCCACACCAUCUCUUGGGACCACAAGCUCUUAUGAAGAGUCCACUAAACGUGAGUAUCAGGAGACAGUGCAGAAUUAUGGCAGACACAACCCAUGUUUGUUUUCUAGACAUGACAGCAUUGAAAACACAUUUCGAGGUGCUGAAACAUUAAUGUCAUCCUGUGCGUAGUGAGAAGGGAGCCUGAGUUUCCAUAUGUUCCUCUAGUACCUUCUGAACUUUGAACUUCUCACAACACUCAAGAUGCCCCAGGUAUCCUUACUUUCAUUUAAAACACUGGUCCAUCAUGAUCUCAACUAUUUUCAACUGGUAGGGCAGCUAAGCCAUGUGGCCUGAAGCACUGGUGUGAUGCACAGCAGUUGUUUCUCAGCCUCUGGCUUGUGAACUUGAAAGAUGUUGGGCCAAUAAAUCAUUUCAGUGCUGCUACAAGUGGGCUUUCCUCUUGUUUUGUGAGGUAUGACUGCUAAGAGAUGCCAUUUGGGGUUUUUACUUAUGGGUGGUGAGUGACACCACCCUCCAUAUGAACAUUUCAAACUUCCAUUAUCGUAAAAGAGAAAGAGAGAGACCUAAGUUAGCGUUCCUUCCAGCAAAACUGUUGUAUGAGUAAGAUCCCCCCCAAGCAAAGCUUCAGCAUUGUUGAUAACAAAUUCUUAGCCUAGUGACUAUCCAAGGCUUCAUAGUUUUCAUUAUGACUUGAUUUUAGCUAGAACUGGACUGUUCAGGGAAGUUUUUAAUAUGUAGCACUGUACUGUUUUUAACACUUGAUUGGGAGCUGCCCAGAGUGGCUGGGGAAACUCAGCCAGAUGGGCGGGGUAUACGGUAAAUAAUAAAUUAUUAUUAUUAUUAUUAUUAUUAUUAUUAUUUCAUGCUUUAAUGCAUGGGUAGGUGAACUAACACGGGUGGCGCUGUGGGUUAAACCAUAGAGCCUAGGGCUUGCCGAUCGGUAGAUCGGCAGUUUGAAUCCCUGGAGAAGGGGUGAGCUCCCGUUGCUUGGUCCCUGCUCCUGCCAACCUAGCAGUUCGAAAGCACAUCAAAGUGCAAGUAGAUAAGUAGGUACCACUCCGGCAGGAAGGUAAACGGCAUUUCCGUGCUCUGCUCUGGUUCGCCAGAAGCGGCUUAGUCAUGCUGGCCACAUGACCUGGAAGCUGCACGCCGGUUCCCUUGGCCAGUAAAGCAAGUGCUGCAACCCCAGAGUCGUCUGCGACUGCACCUAUUGGUCAGGGGUCCCUCUAUCCUUUACUAGGCAAACUAAUGCCCAAUCACCUUCUAAAUCCGGCCCGCAGAUGGUCCGGGAAUCAGCGUGUUUUUACAUGAGUAGAAUGUGUGCUUUUAUUUAAAAUGCAUCUCUGGUUAUUUGUGGGGCAUAGGAAUUCGUUCAUUAUUUUUUUCAAAAUAUAGUCAGGUCCCCCACAAGGUCUGAGGGAUAGUGGACUGGCCCCCUGCUGAAAAAGUUUGCUGACCCCUGCUUUAAUGUCAUGAUCAUAUAAACCUAUGAAUAACCUGUUGCAGGCGGAAAAACAUACAGAUGAUGUAAGAAGAAGCUGGCUAGUUUCACUUCUCCCAAUUCCUGGCAGCUGCAUGGGCCACAAGAUUCCCCCCCCCCCAUAAGCAACAGCUUUUCUCACCCCAGAAGCAGCAUGCAAUAAACUCAUAAAAUCUGAUCAUGUCUUUGUCUUCAUAACUUUUAACCAUGAGUCUUGUAGCACCUAAUAUAUUUAUUGUAGCAUCAACUUGGUCAGAUGUGUUUGAUUUUUCAGUAUACCCAUAGACCUUUGGCUCAGAGCUAAAUGAAACAACCUCCCCCUUUUUGAGAGUUUGCCCAAUGUGACCUGCAAAAAGUCAAUAUUCAUUUGUUGUUAUAAACAGCGGAAGAAAUUUCAGGAGUGGACAGGCAGGUGCCAGAUUCCUCAAGGAAAUGCAUAAGGCGUAUAUCACAUCCUAAAUUAUAGUCAGAUGGGGAAUCCUUUAAAUAACCAGUCCCCUUCCUCCAAAAGGAUGCUGAAUAUGAAAGUUGGAAGCUGGUUGUCUGAAAGGGCCCAGGGAACAAAGCUGCUCAGUUUUUACCCAGAGUAAGCUCCAUUGAAUACAGUGGGACUUCCUUCUGAGCAGACAGUGUAAGGCUUCAUUUACAAUAAAGGAAUCAACAUUCCAGGUGUUUCCUAGUAAAUGGCUGCCUACAGUAGCAUUGCAAUUAGAGAAUUUAAAGUGGAUUGGUGGCCUUUUUCUUCAAAACUAAAGGAAGGGCUUCACCAUUUCCUUCAUUUGGUGCAGGGAUUUUAUUUUCCCUAUAAACAGGACUCCAAUUUUGCACCUACACACACACACACACACACACACACACACACCACUUUUAAUUGUUCUCUGAGAAUAUAGAUGGAAAAUAAGAUAUGGCCACGCAUGAAUGAAUAAUAAAUAUAAUGGAACCAUGGAGAGGGUAGAGGGAAGUCAAGGGAUUGGAGAAAUCCCACACUGCGAUAUUGUAUUGAUGUUUAUUUUAUAUUGUUUGUUAUGAAUAAAACCAAUAAAAAAUAAAUAAAAAUAAAAAUUGUUCUCCGAGACAUAGAGGGAAGGAAAAAAGAAAACCAGGACAUUCCAGGAUCAAAUCAGAAACUGGGAUGGCUUCUUGUAAUUCCAGGACUAUCCCUGGGAAAUUGGGACAUUUGGAGGGUAUGUGAGGAUUGAACAUGGAGCCUUCUGCCUGCGUGGGGCCUCUGCCCCGUCAUUAAGUCACAGCCCCGCUUUGCUUCUCCCCACACCAACUUCUCCCAUUUUCUAUAUCAGCUCCAUUAGCAGUUCCAGCAUCCUCAAGAUAUUCCUUACUGCUCUUUUUCCGUUUAGCUUUAUAUAGCUCAUAUGUGGGUGAUUUAUGGGUAAUUUAGUUAUAUCCUUAAUUCUUUACUGAUAAGAAAAAUAGCCAUUGGUAACCAAGACUAAAAAUAAGGUAUUGGUUUUUUUAAAGCUGGGAGAAAUAGAUACUCUCCUACGCUGAUGUUAUGUAAGUAAACUGGAGACCGUAGGGCAUAUUGCAUUACACCCCAGGAUGGAUUUUCUUCAGGGGAGGGACCUUGGAAAUCAAAACUGAGGAAUCCGGAACUUCAGUUACAUGUGAUUUGAUAUGUGUAUUGUCAAGUGGAUUAAAUUUAAGUGGGCUGUAUAUUGCAAACAGAAAGUUCAGAGGUAGUCAACAAUACCAGGAUUGUUAACUUGUGUACAAGCUUCCUGUUUAGUUGCAAAUGCUUCAUGAAACUUCUUUUCUUAAACUGCCAUCAUCUUUUACAAGGCCUUCAAGACAAGUUGUUCUGUUUUAAAGGCCUGGUGCAUUGUUAUACUUCAACUGGAUGCAGCCUGACUAAGAGUGUUUCCUCUAUUUUCAGACAUAUUGGGGUUUCCUGUCCAUGAACCAGAGAACAGUUCACUUGUCAAACUUAUUUCUUCUUGGAGAGACCAAUCCAUAGAGGUAGGAAGUGGGUGCUCUUCUGCCAUUGAGAACCAUUGAGAACUAUUGUGUAGGCUUCCUUGAAGCAACAAAGUGCAAAGAGACCUUGGAUAGGUGGUGGCAAUCCACUGCAGACUGCUGGCAUGGGGAACAAUAUAUGGUAGCUGAGACAUUUGGUGCGACAGAGAAGCCCACAGUCUGUUAUCUGUUGGUGAUGCACUUGGUGCCGAAAUCCAGCCAGGAUCGCCUUCCUUGUCAGCAUAGUGUGUCCUGCAGGGGCACCUUGGCAUCUAACCAAGGUCAGCUCAUGUGCACAAGGGAAUCCAGACCAAAGCAGCUUUUGCAGAUCUGGGGGAAUCAGGAAGGCCCCACAGCCUCCAGGUCUCUGCCUUGAUUCAGGACCAGUCAGUGGCGUAGCGUGGGGGGUGCAGGGGGGGCCGGCCGCACCGGACGCAACAUCGGGGGGGGGGCGCUCGCACUCGCAGCUCUCUGCCCCUACCUGGCAGAGUAGCCUACCACGGGUUAGGGGGCGCAAAUUACUUGCCUUGCCCCGGGUGCUGACAACCCAUGCUACGCCACUGGGACCAGUUCACCAACACAGACACAGCCUGCUGAAACCAUGAGCAGAAACUCCAUGUGACAUAUUUGUUGCUGACCUGUCGGAUUUCCAGUGAUUGCCCUACACAUGUGUAAGACGAUCGUGUCAGGGAAUAGGCUGGCCCUGAACCUUUCGCAUAUUGUGCUAGUUCUGCAUGUAUAGAAAUUAUCUGAUAUGGACGACCAUGCAAACAUCUGAAAUAGCGCUUUGCAUAUAAAAAGGUGAUGCAUCUAGGGGAAAGUUUUGGCCUAGCCAUCUGUCUGAUGUGUCAGUGUGUGGAGAGGUCUUUUUUUCUUUUCUUUUUGACUGUUCAAAGUCAAAGAAUAUCAGGAACUGGCUGCUGUGUAUGUGACAAGUGGUUGAAAAGUUCUCAGCCUCUCCAGUCUGAUGGGCAGGAGAGGUUCUGGUCACCUCCUCAACCCCACCUAGCUGUAGCACCCCCAGGCCCCUCUUCUUCACCCCCUCCUAUCAUGAAGCCAGUUGCCACUGAUAGAGCAAUGCAGCAGGGCAAAGGGUCAGCCUAGCUUUGCCUUUCCUCUGCACUGAGCAUCCUUGCAUAGGUGCUCAGAAGCAUAGGUAAGUAAGUAGGCCUUCCCUGCUCAUUGCCCCCUCCCUGAAGCAGUGUUUGGGAGAAGAGGGGCGGGGGGAAGGAGGCCUGGGCUUGGGGCAGGACAGCCUAACAUCCUCCUCACUGACCGCCUGCAUCUCUGACAGAUGACUGAAGCCAUUCAGGCUGCUCUGCUGGCUGAAGUUCGGCAGGGCCUGAGAAACCGUCGGAAGACCUUGGCCAACGGUCAUGGGCAAGCAAGUGCCAAAGUGGAGGAGCAAAGGACCGAGGAGCCAGAGAUAAUAAAGAGCCACCCCUUGCUGGGUAAGUGUCUCAUCUGUUGGUGUGAGGGCAGGUUAAGGUGGAUGGAGAAGCAUUUCAUUUCUGAGAUAAGACCAGGGUUCUCCAUCCCAGAGUUCCUGCAACUGCAGAUCUCCCUCAGGUAGUUGCUGCUACUAUUCCUGUUCAUCAUCUCCAUAUUUAAGGUGUGGAGGGGAAAGGGUGUUGCUUUGUGUAAAUGUUCAAAAUGCUUCUAGUAUUUCAUUCUUGUGUAUAUUGGAAAUAUGAUUGCAAACAAUUGAUGCAUGCCAUUUUAUAGAUAACAUUAGUGAACAACAAAUUAUACGGAAAUGAGCAGAUGUUUUCAGAUUUAUUUUUUAUCAAUGAGAUCAGACUGCUGCUCCAAUUUUAUAACUUCAUACUAUGAAAUGUGGAGUUUUUAUGCUUUGGUGGUAGAAUAAUCCACAUUGUGGAAAUUAGUUUUACAGCUGCAUCAUUUCAUUUUACAGUGGGCCUAGUUGCUGUUACUUUUAAUGGUGUUCCUGUUGAUGGGCAGGAAAGUCUGAUUCAGAAUUUAUGUUAUGAGAUGAUAUCCAAUUUUCUUUAG